UGGACAGUGUGUUAAGUGUUAAGUUUGGCUCCAGCAGUCCGGAUAGAUCAUCCGAGCGGAGAUCGUUGCCUUAUUUGAAUAGGCGGGGAAUCUAACAUCUAUCGCCUAAUUGCAGUGAAAGUUGCCGGGCAUUUUUCAGCUAUUUUACCCUGUGAAAAUUCCGAAAAACCAAACGCGCGCAAAGCAAUCCAAAGUGUUCAUAAGAAAAGCGUUUAAUAUUGUUAAGUACAACAAUACGUUUUAAUACAAAUAUUCAAGUGUCUGUGAGUCUGCCAAAGUCGUCGCGCAGUGUGUGUGUGUGUGUCUUUCUGCGCUUUUGACGGCAAAUCGCUUUUGGCAGCUGCUUUGGCAGCAGCCAAGUAAGAAACAAGGCUUUUUUGCUGGCGUCGAUCUUCGUUGGCAGCUGUUGGCAGUAUGAACUGAUUUUGGCCGAAAGUUGAUGAAUAAAAUGCAAAAAUGAAAAUAUUUUUGCCACUAGUCACGUGGAUAGUGCUACUACUCUCGAGUGCAGUACAUUCACAAUAUUCACAACAACCGCAACCAUUCAAGACGAACUUAAGGGCGAAUAGUCGGUUUCGCGGCGAGGUCUUCUACCUGAACCUCGAGAAUGGCUACUUUGGCUGCCAAGUCAACGAGUCCACCGAAUAUUUGCAGCUAUUCAACCUAUCGAAACUAUGCGACGGUACCCAAGAUUGCUUCCUGGGUGCCGAUGAGUUGAGCAAAGAGCUCAAAUGCACAAAUGACUGUGAUAAGGAUGGCACCAAGUGCACACAUGGCGCGUGUUUGAACGGCGUCUGCCAUUGCAAUGACGGCUACGGCGGCUGCAAUUGCGUGGACAAAGAUGAGAACGAAUGCAAACAGCGGCCGUGCGACGUGUUCGCCCAUUGCACAAACACACUGGGCAGCUUCACGUGUACCUGCUUUCCGGGCUAUCGAGGCAAUGGUUUUCAUUGUGAAGACAUUGACGAAUGCCAAGAUCCCGCGAUAGCAGCGCGAUGCGUGGAGAACGCCGAGUGCUGCAACCUGCCGGCGCACUUCCUCUGCAAGUGCAAGGAUGGAUACGAGGGCGACGGCGAAGUUCUGUGCACGGAUGUGGACGAGUGUCGCAAUCCGGAGAACUGCGGUCCCAACGCUCUGUGCACCAACACGCCGGGCAAUUACACAUGCUCCUGCCCGGACGGCUAUGUGGGCAACAAUCCGUAUCGGGAGGGAUGCCAGGAUGUGGACGAGUGCUCGUACCCGAAUGUCUGCGGACCCGGUGCCAUAUGUACGAAUCUCGAGGGCAGUUAUCGCUGCGACUGCCCGCCGGGAUACGACGGCGAUGGACGCUCGGAGUCCGGUUGCGUGGAUCAGGAUGAGUGCGCACGGACGCCCUGCGGCCGGAACGCGGAUUGUUUGAACACGGACGGCAGCUUCCGCUGCUUGUGUCCGGACGGCUACAGUGGUGAUCCCAUGAACGGCUGCGAGGAUGUCGAUGAAUGCGCCACUAACAAUCCAUGCGGUUUGGGUGCUGAAUGCGUGAACCUGGGCGGUAGCUUCCAGUGCCGCUGUCCCUCCGGCUUUGUGUUGGAGCACGAUCCGCACGCGGAUCAGUUGCCCCAGCCGCUGAACACCCAACAAUUGGGCUACGGGCCGGGGGCGACGGACAUUGCGCCCUAUCAAAGGACCUCCGGCGCCGGUCUGGCAUGCCUGGACAUCGAUGAGUGCAAUCAGCCGGAUGGAGUGGCCAAGUGCGGCACCAAUGCCAAGUGCAUUAACUUUCCCGGCUCAUACCGCUGCCUGUGUCCGAGUGGAUUCCAAGGACAGGGCUAUUUGCACUGCGAGAACAUCAACGAGUGUCAGGAUAAUCCGUGUGGGGAGAAUGCGAUCUGUACGGACACCGUUGGCAGCUUCGUGUGCACAUGCAAACCGGACUAUACCGGUGAUCCGUUCCGCGGAUGUGUGGAUAUCGAUGAGUGUACCGCGUUGGAUAAGCCCUGUGGACAGCAUGCGGUAUGCGAAAAUACCGUUCCUGGCUACAAUUGCAAGUGCCCGCAGGGAUAUGAUGGCAAACCCGAUCCCAAGGUGGCCUGCGAACAGGUGGAUGUCAAUAUACUGUGCAGCAGUAACUUCGAUUGUACCAACAAUGCGGAGUGCAUUGAGAAUCAGUGCUUCUGCUUGGAUGGAUUCGAACCGAUUGGAUCCAGUUGUGUGGACAUCGAUGAGUGUCGCACCCAUGCCGAGGUGUGUGGUCCCCAUGCCCAGUGCCUGAAUACGCCCGGAUCGUACGGCUGUGAAUGCGAGGCGGGAUAUGUGGGUAGUCCGCCAAGAAUGGCGUGCAAGCAGCCAUGCGAGGAUGUUCGCUGUGGAGCCCACGCCUACUGCAAACCGGACCAGAAUGAAGCCUACUGUGUGUGCGAGGAUGGAUGGACCUACAACCCGAGCGAUGUCGCUGCGGGCUGUGUGGACAUCGAUGAGUGCGAUGUGAUGCAUGGACCUUUCGGAAGCUGUGGCCAAAAUGCCACGUGUACAAACAGUGCCGGAGGAUUUACAUGUGCCUGCCCACCUGGAUUCUCGGGAGAUCCGCACUCUAAAUGCGUCGAUGUGGAUGAGUGCCGAACCGGAGCCAGCAAGUGUGGAGCUGGAGCUGAAUGUGUGAACGUACCCGGUGGUGGAUACACCUGUCGUUGCCCCGGGAACACCAUUGCCGAUCCGGAUCCUAGUGUGAGGUGUGUGCCCAUUGUCAGCUGCUCCGCUAACGAAGACUGCCCGGGUAACUCCAUAUGUGAUGCUACAAAGCGCUGCCUGUGUCCGGAACCGAAUAUUGGUAAUGACUGCCGUCAUCCGUGCGAAGCCCUCAACUGUGGAGCACAUGCCCAGUGCAUGCUGGCCAAUGGACAGGCUCAGUGCCUGUGUGCUCCCGGAUACACAGGAAACUCUGCCCUUGCAGGAGGCUGUAAUGACAUCGAUGAAUGUCGCGCCAAUCCCUGCGCCGAGAAGGCAAUCUGUUCGAAUACAGCCGGAGGGUAUCUAUGUCAGUGUCCAGGAGGAUCCAGUGGAGAUCCAUACCGCGAGGGGUGUAUUACCUCAAAGACGGUGGGCUGCUCUGAUGCCAAUCCUUGCGCGACUGGCGAGACUUGCGUCCAAGACUCAUACACGGGCAAUAGCGUAUGCAUUUGUCGACAGGGCUAUGAGCGAAAUUCCGAGAACGGACAGUGCCAGGAUGUGGAUGAAUGCUCGGUGCAAAGAGGAAAGCCCGCUUGUGGACUAAAUGCUCUCUGUAAGAAUUUGCCUGGCAGCUACGAGUGCCGCUGCCCACAGGGUCAUAACGGAAAUCCCUUCAUCAUGUGCGAGAUCUGCAAUACGCCUGAGUGCCAGUGUCAGUCACCGUACAAGCUUGUUGGAAAUAGUUGUGUUCUCUCCGGUUGCUCCAGUGGACAGGCCUGUCCCAGCGGAGCUGAGUGCAUCUCCAUUGCUGGAGGUGUUAGCUACUGUGCCUGUCCCAAGGGUUACCAAACCCAACCGGAUGGAAGCUGUGUGGAUGUCGACGAGUGCGAAGAACGGGGCGCGCAAUUGUGUGCUUUUGGCGCUCAGUGCGUGAACAAGCCUGGAAGCUAUAGUUGCCACUGUCCCGAGGGUUACCAGGGAGAUGCCUACAACGGAUUAUGUGCACUCGCACAAAGGAAAUGCGCUGCCGAUAGGGAGUGCGCUGCCAACGAAAAAUGCAUCCAGCCAGGAGAGUGUGUUUGCCCGCCUCCUUAUUUCUUGGACCCGCAGGACAACAACAAGUGCAAGAGCCCUUGCGAACGCUUCCCAUGUGGCAUUAACGCUAAGUGUACGCCCUCGGAUCCUCCACAGUGCAUGUGCGAGGCUGGAUUCAAGGGAGAUCCACUGCUGGGAUGUACAGAUGAAGACGAGUGCUCCCAUCUCCCAUGUGCCUAUGGAGCCUACUGUGUAAACAAAAAGGGCGGAUACCAGUGCGUGUGCCCCAAGGAUUAUACCGGAGAUCCGUACAAGAGUGGAUGCAUCUUCGAGAGCGGCACGCCGAAGAGCAAGUGUCUGAGCAACGAUGAUUGCGCAAGUAAUCUAGCCUGCUUGGAAGGUAGCUGCGUAAGUCCAUGCAGCAGUCUUCUGUGUGGAUCGAAUGCCUACUGUGAGACAGAGCAACAUGCUGGCUGGUGUCGCUGUCGUGUGGGAUACGUUAAAAAUGGCGAUGGGGACUGCGUGUCUCAGUGCCAGGACGUGAUCUGCGGCGAUGGUGCUCUAUGCAUUCCAACCAGUGAGGGACCCACCUGUAAGUGCCCGCAAGGACAGCUCGGCAAUCCCUUCCCCGGCGGCAGCUGCAGCACGGAUCAGUGUUCAGCCGCCAGGCCUUGUGGCGAGCGGCAGAUUUGCAUCAAUGGAAGAUGCAAGGAGCGCUGCGAGGGUGUGGUCUGUGGCAUCGGAGCCACCUGCGAUAGAAACAAUGGAAAGUGCAUCUGCGAGCCGAACUUUGUGGGUAAUCCCGACUUGAUCUGUAUGCCACCCAUCGAGCAGGCCAAGUGCUCUCCAGGAUGUGGAGAGAACGCUCACUGCGAGUACGGAUUGGGUCAGAGCCGAUGCGCCUGUAACCCGGGAACCUUCGGUAAUCCCUAUGAAGGCUGUGGAGCACAAAGCAAGAACGUCUGUCAGCCGAAUAGCUGUGGACCCAAUGCCGAAUGCCGUGCUGUGGGCAACCACAUAUCCUGUCUUUGCCCACAGGGCUUCAGUGGUAAUCCCUACAUUGGCUGCCAGGAUGUGGAUGAGUGUGCCAACAAACCAUGUGGUCUGAAUGCUGCCUGUUUGAAUAGAGCCGGAGGAUUCGAGUGCUUGUGUCUUUCGGGACACGCCGGAAAUCCCUACAGUAGUUGUCAACCCAUCGAGAGCAAGUUCUGCCAAGAUGCGAACAAGUGCCAGUGCAACGAACGAGUGGAGUGUCCGGAAGGCUACAGUUGCCAAAAGGGACAGUGCAAGAACCUCUGUUCCCAGGCUUCGUGUGGCCCAAGGGCCAUCUGCGAUGCCGGUAAUUGCAUCUGCCCCAUGGGCUACAUUGGAGAUCCCCACGACCAAGUGCACGGUUGCAGCAUUCGCGGUCAGUGUGGCAAUGAUGCGGACUGCCUGCACUCUGAGAUCUGUUUCCAGUUAGGCAAGGGUCUGCGCAAAUGUGUGGACGCAUGCUCCAAGAUUCAGUGUGGACCCAAUGCCCUCUGCGUGUCCGAGGAUCAUCGAUCUUCCUGUAUAUGCUCUGACGGAUUCUUCGGAAAUCCAAGCAACCUACAGGUGGGAUGCCAGCCGGAAAGAACAGUUCCCGAGGAAGAGGAUAAAUGUAAAUCGGAUCAGGACUGUAGUCGAGGAUACGGUUGUCAGGCCAGCGUUAACGGCAUCAAGGAGUGCAUUAAUCUCUGCUCCAAUGUUGUCUGCGGACCCAACGAGCUGUGCAAGAUCAACCCAGCUGGGCAUGCGAUUUGUAAUUGCGCCGAGAGCUAUGUCUGGAACCCAGUGGUCUCUUCCUGCGAAAAGCCUUCACUGCCAGACUGCACCAGUGACGCUAAUUGCCCGGAUGCUUCUGCCUGUCGUCCUGAUGUCUUGGGAGUCCUUAAGUGCGUCGCCAUCUGUGAUGCCUUCACGUGCCCGGCCAACUCGGUUUGCGUAGCCCGUCAGCACCAGGGACGAUGUGAUUGUCUCAACGGGUUUGUGGGUAACCCCAACGAUAGGAACGGCUGUCAGCCGGCACAGAAACAUCACUGCAGAAACCAUGCAGAGUGCCAGGAGUCGGAAGCCUGUAUUAAGGAUGAAUCUACCCAGACUCUCGGAUGUCGUCCAGCUUGUGAUACGGUGAAAUGUGGACCCCGAGCCGUUUGCGUCACCAACAAUCAUCAGGCGCAGUGUCAGUGUCCACCUGGACCUUUCGCCGGAGAUCCAUACGAUCCAUUUAAUGGCUGCCAGAGUGUUCCUUGUGUUUACAACCAUGACUGCCCACCCAGCCAGAUGUGCAACCGUAUGACACACACAUGCUUCGAUGUGUGCGACGAGGAGUCCUGCGGUGACAAUGCCAUCUGUUUGGCUGAGGAUCAUCGAGCCGUCUGCCAGUGUCCACCUGGAUUUAAGGGAGAUCCGUUACCCGAAGUGGCCUGCACCAAGCAAGGCGGUUGUGCCGCUGGAACUUGCCACCCCUCAGCAAUAUGCGAGGUCACUCCGGAAGGUCCUGUCUGCAAGUGUCCUCCGCUAUUUGUGGGCGACGCGAAGUCAGGUGGCUGUCGGCCAGAUGGUCAGUGCCCGAAUGGAGACGCCGAUUGCCCAGCCAAUACCAUCUGCGCCGGAGGAGUAUGCCAAAAUCCCUGCGACAACGCUUGCGGAUCGAAUGCUGAGUGCAAGGUUAUCAAUAGGAAACCCGUCUGCAGUUGUCCCCUGCGAUUCCAGCCUAUCUCUGACACUGCCAAGGAUGGAUGUGCCCGGACCAUAUCUAAAUGUCUCACUGAUGUCGACUGCGGAGGAGCGCUGUGCUACAAUGGACAAUGUCGUAUUGCUUGCAGGAACAGCCAAGAUUGCUCUGAUGGCGAGAGCUGCUUGAAGAACGUCUGUGUGGUUGCCUGUCUGGAUCACAGUCAGUGCGCUAGUGGACUGGCCUGUGUCGAGGGCCACUGCACCAUCGGAUGUCGCAGCAACAAGGAGUGCAAGCAGGAUCAGUCUUGCAUUGAGAACAAGUGCCUGAAUCCCUGCCAGUCUGCCAACAGUUGUGGUCCAAAUGCCCUGUGCAGCAUUGAUCAGCACCAUAGCCAGUGCAGCUGCCCGGAAGGUUUCGAGGGCAACCCCACUCCAGAACAGGGAUGCGUGCGAGUUCCGGCUCCCUGCUUAGCCAGUAAUCAAUGUCCCAGCGGACACAUGUGCAUUGGAAAUCAGUGUAAUCUUCCCUGCACCAAAACAGCUUCCUGUGCAGUUGGAGAACGGUGCUAUCAACAAGUCUGCCGCAAGGUGUGCUAUACCAGCAACAACUGUUUGGCCGGAGAGAUCUGUAAUUCGGACAGGACGUGCCAACCAGGAUGUGAUUCAGAUGCCGAUUGUCCACCCACCGAAUUGUGUUUGACAGGAAAGUGCAAGUGCGCCACCGGAUUUAUAGGAACACCUUUCGGUUGCUCGGAUAUUGAUGAAUGCACGGAACAACCCUGCCAUGCCAGUGCUCGAUGUGAGAACCUCCCGGGAACCUAUCGUUGUGUAUGCCCCGAAGGUACUGUCGGCGAUGGGUACUCCCAGCCGGGUUGUUCGCAGCCCAGGCAAUGCCACAAACCAGACGACUGUGCCAAUAAUCUGGCCUGUAUACAUGGAAAGUGCACGGAUCCCUGCCUACAUACUGUUUGUGGUAUUAAUGCCAAUUGCCAGUCGGAAGGACACGAAGCUCUGUGCAGCUGUCCAGCUGGAUUCUUGGGAGACCCCAACGACACUGGAGUCGGAUGCUUUAAGGUGGAGUGCAUCGACCAUGUGGAUUGCGCCGGAGAUCGUGCCUGCGAUGCGGAAACCAAUCGAUGUAUUAAACCAUGUGACCUGACCAGUUGUGGAAAGGGCAAUUGCCAGGUGAGGGAUCAUAAGGCGACAUGUGCCUGCUACGAAGGAUAUCAAUUAGUGAACGAUGUAUGUGAGGACAUUAACGAGUGUCUGUCGCAGCCAUGCCACAGCACAGCUUUUUGCAACAACCUUCCGGGAAGCUACAGUUGCCAGUGCCCGGAGGGAUUGAUCGGAGAUCCCCUGCAGGCCGGUUGUCGGGAUCCCAAUGAGUGUUUGAGUGAUGCGGAUUGUCCUGCCUCAGCUAGUUGCCAGAAUUCCCGAUGCCGUAGCCCUUGCGAGCGACAAAAUGCUUGUGGAUUAAAUGCUAACUGCCAGGCACAGGCCCAUCAAGCCAUUUGCACUUGCCCUCUCAAUUCCCGUGGAGAUCCAACCAUCGAGUGCGUGCACAUUGAGUGCGCCGACAACGACGAUUGCUCCGGGGAGAAAGCAUGUUUGGACUCGAAGUGCAUAGAUCCAUGUUCUCUGCCCAACGCCUGUGGAGCUUUGGCUCGCUGCUCGGUGCAGAACCACAUCGGCGUCUGCUCCUGCGAAGCGGGCAGUACCGGAGAUGCCAAAUUGGGCUGUGUGCAACUGCAAUAUUGCCAGCAGGACGGACAAUGUGCCCAGGGAAGCAUAUGCUCCCAUGGAAUUUGCAGUCCGCUGUGCAGCACCAACCGCGAUUGUAUUUCGGAACAGUUGUGCUUGCAGGGCGUCUGUCAGGGAACCUGCAAGUCAAACUCAAGCUGUCCCCAAUUCCAAUUCUGUUCGAAUAACAUUUGCACCAAGGAGCUGGAGUGCCGAUCCGAUAGCGAAUGUGGCGAAGACGAAACCUGUCUGAGUGAUGCCUAUGGGCGUGCAAAGUGUGAAUCCGUUUGUCUUGGUCGCGCUGCCUGUGGUAGGAAUGCAGAAUGUGUAGCCCGUUCCCAUGCUCCCGAUUGCCUCUGCAAGGAGGGAUUCUUCGGGGACGCCAAGUCUGGAUGCCGAAAGAUCGAGUGCACCAGCGACGAUGACUGCUCCAAUGACAAGAGCUGUGACAACCACAUGUGCAAGAUUGCCUGCCUAAUUGGACAGCCGUGCGGAGAGAAUGCCCUCUGCACCACAGAACACCACCAGCAGGUUUGCCACUGCCAGCCAGGAUUCUCUGGAGAUCCGCGGGUUCGUUGCGAUGUUAUAGACUUUUGCCGGGAUGCUCCGUGCGGACCCGGAGCCCGUUGCCGAAACGCGAGGGGGUCGUACAAGUGCACCUGUCCACCGGGACUCGUUGGUGAUCCGUACAACGAGGGCUGUCGCAGCUCCGUUGAGUGCGAGACCAACGAGGACUGUCCCCCGCAUGCCGCAUGCACCAAAACCAAUGGGGUGGCCAAGUGCCGCGAUGUCUGUGCCCAGCUGCAAUGUGGCCCCAAUGCGGAAUGUGUUCCGAAGGGCCACGUGGCGCAGUGUGCAUGCCGCAGCGGCUACGAUGGCCAACCCGCCGACCGGGUGGCCGGCUGUAAGCCGCUGCCCUCUCCCUGUCAGGUCACCGGCGACUGUCCGACCAACACAUACUGCUCGGAUAGCGUCUGCAAACCUGCCUGUGUUCUGGACACCGAAUGUGGAGCAUUUGAAGUGUGUCAAGGUGGCCAAUGCUUCAAUCCGUGCCUUCAACCUCAAGCUUGUGGCCAGAAUGCCGAGUGCGUGAUGCAGAAUCAUCUGAAACAGUGCCAUUGCCCGGAGGGCUUCACCGGCGACUCAGCGAAGGAGUGCGUGCGUGUGCCAGUGGCCUGUGAUGGCGAGUGUGGUCCAGGAUAUACCUGCCGCGACUCCAUGUGCCUGCCUGUUUGCCACAACGAUCUGGAGUGCGCCUCCAACGAAAAGUGCCUGAAGGGCAGCUGUAUGCUGACCUGUCGGGUGGACAACGAUUGCUUCCUGGGUCACGUUUGCCUGCACAACAAGUGCGUGUAUGGCUGCCAUGUGGACGAUGACUGCAGUGCGUCAGAGUCUUGUCGCAACGAUAAGUGCGUAAACCCCUGUCUGGAAAAUCCCUGUGGUCCCAAUGCCGCCUGUUCGGUGUCCAACCACCGGGCUAGCUGCAGUUGUUUGGAGAGUAUGGUGCCCAAUCCCACACCCCAGGUGGGCUGCGUCCGUUCUCCCCCCUUGGAAUGCCGCGAGAAUCGCGACUGUGGAAAUGGAUUGGCUUGCUUCGAGUCGGUAUGUCGACCACUAUGCGCCGACGAUGCUGGCUGCUUGACCAACGAGCGAUGCCAGCAGGGAGUUUGCAAACCCCUGUGCCGCCACGACAAUGAGUGCGGUCAUGGAGAGCUCUGUCUGGGCCUGAACUGCGUACCUGGAUGCCGGUCCGAUCAGGGCUGCCCGCCGGAAUUGUCCUGCGUGGGUCAGCAGUGCGUGGAUCCAUGUGCAGAUCCCACUGCCUGCGGCACCAAUGCCCACUGUCAAACGAUCGAUCACAGGAAACAGUGCCUAUGUCCAGAGGGUCUUGAUGGCAAUGCCAAUGUGGCCUGCAAGGUGCCUCGCAUUGCUUGUGGCAGGAACGAGGAUUGCCAGUCGAAUCAGCUAUGCUAUGCCGGCAGCUGCCAAGGAAAGUGCAGAAACGACCAGAACUGCUUGGCCGAUGAGCGUUGCAUGAGAGGAACAUGUAGAACCGUAUGCAACACCGAUGAGGCAUGUGCUCAGGGACAGAUUUGCGAGAAUCGAAUGUGCCAGACUGGAUGUCGUACCGAUUUGAGUUGUGCCACCGACGAGGCCUGCGUGAACAAGAAGUGCCAGAAUCCAUGUCGUACACCCGGCCAAUGUGGCCAGUGUGCCGACUGCCUUGUGGUCAACCAUGGAGUCCAGUGCCAGUGUCCCGCCGCCUUUAUGGGAGACGGUUUGACAGGCUGUCAACUUCCGCCGGAACGCUGUCAUCCUGACUGUGAAUGCGACGAAAAUGGAGCCUACUGUGCCCCCAAGUGCUCGAGAACCGAGGAUUGCGCCUGUGGACAACAGUGCGCCAGAGGAAAGUGCCGGAAUAAGUGCGGACCCAAGCGCCAGUGUACGGUGGGUCAGCUUUGCGAGAGAGGCGCAUGCAUUGCCGGGUGCAAGUCCAACGGUGAUUGUGCCGCCGACCAGAGUUGUGUCAAUGGAAAGUGCUCCGAUCCGUGUGCGAACGAGAAGGCUUGCGGACGGAAUGCUCUUUGCACUGUGUCCGAGCACCGGAUGCUCUGCUACUGCCCGGAUGGAUAUGAAGGCGAGCCCAGCAAGGAGUGCGUGCAGUUCGAGUGCCGUGUGGACACCGAUUGCGACAGCAAUAAGCGCUGCGAUCAAGGAAAGUGCCGCAAUCCUUGCCUGGAGUAUGGAGCUUGUGGAACGAAUGCUCAGUGUCGAGUUGUCGGUCGCAAGGCCCAAUGUUCAUGUCCGCCGGACUUCUUUGGCAAUCCGACUAGUGAGUGCCGACCGCUGGAAGGUGGAUGCUCUAGCAAACCCUGCGGUGAGAACUCCAAGUGUACUGAAGUGCCCGGAGGCUAUGAAUGCGCUUGCAUGGACGGCUGCAUUGGAGAUGCCCACCAGGGAUGCCUUUGCGGCGGACCUCUAGUGAAUGCCUGUCGCGAUCAACCGUGCGGUCUGAAUGCCGCCUGCCACGUAUUGGAAAACAAUCAAGCCGAGUGCUACUGCCCGGAGGACUUCCCCAAUGGUGAUGCUUAUGUACAAUGUUACUUGACUACGCCGAAGCAGGAUUGUCGUACCCUUGGAUGCGAAGUCGGCGGCUGUGUACGCCAGGGCUAUGAAUACGUUUGCCAGCAGGACACCGAACAAUGCUACUCAGAUACGGAUUGUCCCAGUGAAAAGUCAUGCCUCCAAGGACACUGCAGCGAUCCUUGUACAAUGCGUGGCGUGUGUGGUUUGAAUGCUCUCUGCAAAACCGUACUGCAUCGACCGCGCUGCUCCUGCCCCAGUUGCCACAUCGGUCGGCCAGAGAUCGAGUGUAAGUCUGAUCCCAAGUGCGUGGCCGAGGACACGGAUCCAAAGACCAAGGAGCAGAUCCCAUGCUCCACAGACUCCGAGUGUCCAGAGACAUUGCAGUGCGGCCAGUACGGCCAAUGCACAGAUCCGUGCAACAAUCCGCUCUUCAUCUGCGAGAGCAACAAGAAGUGCGAGACGCGACGCCACCAGCCCGUUUGUAUCUGCAAAUCGGGCUUCAUAGUGAAUGAGUACGGAGAACUGACGUGCGCCCCGGACAAGCGGGAGUGCUAUCGCGACGAUGACUGCGCCUCGAACAUGGCCUGCUCCGAUGGCAAGUGCCGCAAUCCCUGCAUCGUGCCCCUGGGCCGAGCCGCAAUCUGUGCCGAGAACAAGUCCUGCGAGGUGCAGAACCACAAGCCAGUCUGCAUUUGCAUGCGCGACUGCCAGCCAUCCAUAUCGAUUUGCCUGCGCGACGCCGGCUGUCCGGCUAGCCAGGCUUGCCGGAAGCUCAAGUGCGUCGAUCCGUGCGAGUUUGCCACAUGCGCACCCAACUCGCCAUGCAUUGUCGAGGAUCACAAGCCGAUAUGUAAAUUCUGCCCAGCUGGAUUUAUAGCCGAUGCCAAGAAUGGAUGUCAAAAAGCUAAGCCAGGUGGAAACUGUACGUCAAACACAGAUUGCAGUCAAGCGCACCAAUGUGGAUCGUCGGGAAAAUGUAUCGACCCCUGCCUCACUUCCUGUGCAGGCGGAGUAAAGUGUGUUGUAUCAGCACAUAGGGUUACUAUAUGUACUUGUCCAGCCACCUUAACAAACAACACAGAUUCGAACUGCACCUCGACAGACAUAACAGUCGGGACUACAACGCAAAGAAUUGAAACUACAACAGACUUCAUUAACGUAAAAUACACUGUAAUGCAAUUGGCAAAUCAAACUGAAAUGAGAACCCGCUUUACCGAUAUAGAAGCCGAAAACGAAACAACAGGUCCUUACACAACCACAACAGAGUCCUAUAAGACGACUAAGCAACUUUCUUCUAACCCAGAAACAGAGACACCCACAACUUUACCUUCACGCCCAACAACUAGACCAUUUACUGAUCAAACGACUGAAUUUACUAGUGAAAUUCCCACUAUCACACCAAUGGAGGGAUCUACUCCCACACCAUCACAUCUAGAAACCACUGUCGCAUCAAUCACCUCAGAAUCCACUACCAGAGAAGUAUAUACCAUCAAGCCCUUCGAUAGAUCUACUCCCACUCCAGUAUCGCCGGACACUACUGUUCCAUCAAUCACUUUUGAAACCACCACAAAUAUUCCGAUUGGAACAACACGAGGGCAAGUGACAGAACAGACUACAUCUUCUCCCAGCGAAAAGAGAACUACAAUACGUGUUGAAGAAUCUACACUUCCUUCUAGGUCAACGGAUAGAACCACUCCAUCCGAAAGUCCUGAGACACCCACAAUAUUACCUUCAGACUCCACUACUCGAACUUACUCAGAUCAAACGACUGAAUCUACUAGAGACGUUCCAACCACCCGGCCAUUUGAGGCAUCUACUCCCAGUCCAGCAUCUCUGGAAACAACUGUUCCAUCAGUUACUUUAGAAACCACUACAAAUGAUCCAAUCGGUUCAACAGGUGGGCAAGUGACAGAACAAACUACAUCUUCUCCGAGCGAAGUCAGAACUACAAUAGGUCUUGAAGAAUCUACACUUCCUUCAAGGUCAACGGAUAGAACUACUCCAUCCGAAAGUCCUGAGACACCCACAACAUUACCUUCAGACUUCAUAACUAGACCUCACUCAGAUCAAACGACUGAAUCUACUAGAGACGUUCCAACCACCCGCCCAUUUGAGGCAUCUACUCCCAGUUCAGCAUCUCUGGAAACAACUGUUCCAUCAGUUACUUUAGAAACCACUACAAAUGUUCCAAUCGGUUCAACAGGUGGGCAAGUGACAGAACAAACUACAUCUUCUCCGAGCGAAGUGAGAACUACAAUACGCGUUGAAGAAUCUACACUUCCUUCAAGGUCAGCGGAUAGAACUACUCCAUCCGAAAGUCCUGAGACACCAACAACAUUACCUUCAGACUUCACAACUAGACCUCACUCAGAACAAACAACUGAAUCUACUAGAGACGUUCCAACCACCCGCCCAUUUGAGGCAUCCACUCCCAGUCCAGCAUCUCUGGAAACAACUGUUCCAUCAGUUACUUUAGAAACCACUACAAAUGUUCCAAUCGGUUCAACAGGUGGGCAAGUGACAGGACAAACUACAUCUUCUCCGAGCGAAGUGAGAACUACAAUACGCGUUGAAGAAUCUACACUUCCUUCAAGGUCAGCGGAUAGAACUACUCCAUCCGAAAGUCCUGAGACACCCACAACAUUACCUUCAGACUUCAUAACUAGACCUCACUCAGAAAAAACAACUGAAUCUACCAGAGACGUUCCAACCACCCGCCCAUUUGAGGCAUCUACUCCCAGUUCAGCAUCUCUGGAAACAACUGUUCCAUCAGUUACUUUAGAAACCACUACAAAUGUUCCAAUCGGUUCAACAGGUGGGCAAGUGACAGAACAAACUACAUCUUCUCCGAGCGAAGUCAGAACUACAAUACGUGUUGAAGAAUCUACACUUCCUUCAAGGUCAGCGGAUAGAACUACUCUAUCCGAAAGUCCUGAGACACCCACAACAUUACCUUCAGACUUCACAAUUAGACCUCACUCAGAACAAACGACUGAAUCAACUAGAGACGUUCCAACCACCAGGCCAUUUGAGGCAUCUACUCCCAGUCCAGCAUCUCUGGAAACUACUGUUCCAUCAGUCACUUCAGAAACCACUACAAAUGUUCCAAUUGGUUCAACAGGUGGGCAAGUGACAGGACAGACUACUGCACCGCCGAGCGAAUUCAGAACUACAAUACGUGUUGAAGAAUCUACACUUCCUUCUAGGUCAACGGAUAGAACCACUCCAUCCGAAAGUCCUGAGACACCCACAAUAUUACCUUCAGACUCCACUACUCGAACUUACUCAGAUCAAACGACUGAAUCUACUAGAGACGUUCCAACCACCCGGCCAUUUGAGGCAUCUACUCCCAGUCCAGCAUCUCUGGAAACAACUGUUCCAUCGGUUACUUUAGAAACCACUACAAAUGUUCCAAUCGGUUCAACAGGUGGGCAAGUGACAGAACAAACUACAUCUUCUCCGAGCGAAGUGAGAACUACAAUACGCGUUGAAGAAUCUACACUUCCUUCAAGGUCAGCGGAUAGAACUACUCCAUCCGAAAGUCCUGAGACACCCACAACAUUACCUUCAGACUUCAUAACUAGACCUCACUCAGAAAAAACAACUGAAUCUACCAGAGACGUUCCAACCACCCGCCCAUUUGAGGCAUCUACUCCCAGUUCAGCAUCUCUGGAAACAACUGUUCCAUCAGUUACUUUAGAAACCACUACAAAUGUUCCAAUCGGUUCAACAGGUGGGCAAGUGACAGAACAAACUACAUCUUCUCCGAGCGAAGUGAGAACUACAAUACGCGUUGAAGAAUCUACACUUCCUUCAAGGUCAGCGGAUAGAACUACUCCAUCCGAAAGUCCUGAGACACCCACAACAUUACCUUCAGACUUCAUAACUAGACCUCACUCAGAAAAAACAACUGAAUCUACCAGAGACGUUCCAACCACCCGCCCAUUUGAGGCAUCUACUCCCAGUUCAGCAUCUCUGGAAACAACUGUUCCAUCAGUUACUUUAGAAACCACUACAAAUGUUCCAAUCGGUUCAACAGGUGGGCAAGUGACAGAACAAACUACAUCUUCUCCGAGCGAAGUCAGAACUACAAUACGUGUUGAAGAAUCUACACUUCCUUCAAGGUCAACGGAUAGAACUACUCCAUCCGAAAGUCCUGAAACACCAACAACAUUACCUUCAGACUUCACAACUAGACCUCACUCAGAACAAACGACUGAAUCUACUAGAGACGUUCCAACCACCCGGCCAUUUGAGGCAUCUACUCCCAGUCCAGCAUCUCUGGAAACAACUGUUCCAUCAGUUACUUUAGAAACCACUACAAAUGUUCCAAUCGGUUCAACAGGUGGGCAAGUGACAGAACAAACUACAUCUUCUCCGAGCGAAGUCAGAACUACAAUACGUGUUGAAGAAUCUACACUUCCUUCAAGGUCAGCGGAUAGAACUACUCCAUCCGAAAGUCCUGAGACACCCACAACAUUACCUUCAGACUUCAUAACUCGAACUUACUCAGAUCAAACGACUGAAUCUACUAGAGACGUUCCAACCACCCGGCCAUUUGAGGCAUCUACUCCCAGUCCAGCAUCUCUGGAAACUACUGUUCCAUCAGUCACUUCAGAAACCACUACAAAUGUUCCAAUUGGUUCAACAGGUGGGCAAGUGACAGGACAGACUACUGCACCGCCGAGCGAAUUCAGAACUACAAUACGUGUUGAAGAAUCUACACUUCCUUCAAGGUCAACGGAUAGAACUACUCCAUCCGAAAGUCCUGAGACACCCACAACAUUACCUUCAGACUUCACAACUAGACCUCACUCAGAUCAAACGACUGAAUCUACUAGAGACGUUCCAACCACCAGGCCAUUUGAGGCAUCUACUCCCAGUCCAGCAUCUCUGGAAACUACUGUUCCAUCAGUUACUUUAGAAACCACUACAAAUGUUCCAAUCGGUUCAACAGGUGGGCAAGUGACAGAACAAACUACAUCUUCUCCGAGCGAAGUGAGAACUACAAUACGCGUUGAAGAAUCUACACUUCCUUCAAGGUCAGCGGAUAGAACUACUCCAUCCGAAAGUCCUGAGACACCAACAUUACCUUCAGACUUCACAACUAGACCUCACUCAGAACAAACGACUGAAUCUACUAGAGACGUUCCGGCCACCAGGCCAUUUGAGGCAUCUACUCCCAGUCCAGCAUCUCUGGAAACUACUGUUCCAUCAGUCACUUCAGAAGCCACUACAAAUGUUCCAAUCGGUUCAACAGGUGGGCAAGUGACAGAACAAACUACAUCUUCUCCGAGCGAAGUCAGAACUACAAUACGUGUUGAAGAAUCUACACUUCCUUCAAGGUCAACGGAUAGAACUUCUCCAUCCGAAAGUCCUGAAACACCAACAACAUUACCUUCAGACUUCACAACUAGACCUCACUCAGAUCAAACGACUGAAUGUACUAGAGACGUUCCAACCACCCGCCCAUUUGAGGCAUCUACUCCCAGUUCAGCAUCUCUGGAAACAACUGUUCCAUCAGUUACUUUAGAAACCACUACAAAUGUUCCAAUCGGUUCAACAGGUGGGCAAGUGACAGAACAAACUACAUCUUCUCCGAGCGAAGUGAGAACUACAAUACGCGUUGAAGAAUCUACACUUCCUUCAAGGUCAGCGGAUAGAACUACUCCAUCCGAAAGUCCUGAGACACCAACAUUACCUUCAGACUUCACAACUAGACCUCACUCAGAACAAACGACUGAAUCUACUAGAGACGUUCCAACCACCAGGCCAUUUGAGGCAUCUACUCCCAGUUCAGCAUCUCUGGAAACAACUGUUCCAUCAGUUACUUUAGAAACCACUACAAAUGUUCCAAUCGGUUCAACAGGUGGGCAAGUGACAGAACAAACUACAUCUUCUCCGAGCGAAUUCAGAACUACAAUACGCGUUGAAGAAUCUACACUUCCUUCAAGGUCAGCGGAUAGAACUACUCCAUCCGAAAGUCCUGAGACACCAACAUUACCUUCAGACUUCACAACUAGACCUCACUCAGAACAAACGACUGAAUCUACUAGAGACGUUCCAACCACCAGGCCAUUUGAGGCAUCUACUCCCAGUCCAGCAUCUCUGGAAACUACUGUUCCAUCAGUCACUUCAGAAACCACUACAAAUGUUCCAAUUGGUUCAACAGGUGGGCAAGUGACAGGACAGACUACUGCACCGCCGAGCGAAGUCAGAACUACAAUACGUGUUGAAGAAUCUACACUUCCUUCUAGGUCAACGGAUAGAACCACUCCAUCCGAAAGUCCUGAGACACCCACAAUAUUACCUUCAGACUCCACUACUCGAACUUACUCAGAUCAAACGACUGAAUCUACUAGAGACGUUCCAACCACCCGGCCAUUUGAGGCAUCUACUCCCAGUCCAGCAUCUCUGGAAACAACUGUUCCAUCGGUUACUUUAGAAACCACUACAAAUGUUCCAAUCGGUUCAACAGGUGGGCAAGUGACAGGACAGACUACUGCAACGCCGAGCGAAGUCAGAACUACAAUAGGUGUUGAAGAAUCUACACUUCCUUCAAGGUCAACGGAUAGAACUUCUCCAUCCGAAAGUCCUGAGACACCCACAACAUUACCUUCAGACUUCACAACUAGACCUCACUCAGAUCAAACGACUGAAUCAACUAGAGACGUUCCAACCACCCGGCCAUUUGAGGCAUCUACUCCCAGUCCAGCAUCUCUGGAAACUACUGUUCCAUCAGUCACUUCAGAAACCACUACAAAUGUUCCAAUUGGUUCAACAGGUGGGCAAGUGACAGAACAAACUACAUCUUCUCCGAGCGAAGUCAGAACUACAAUAGGUCUUGAAGAAUCUACACUUCCUUCAAGGUCAACGGAUAGAACUUCUCCAUCCGAAAGUCCUGAGACACCCACAACAUUACCUUCAGACUUCAUAACUAGACCUCACUCAGAUCAAACGACUGAAUCUACUAGAGACGUUCCAACCACCAGGCCAUUUGAGGCAUCUACUCCCAGUCCAGCAUCUCUGGAAACUACUGUUCCAUCAGUCACUUCAGAAACUACUACAAAUGUUCCAAUUGGUUCAACAGGUGGGCAAGUGACAGGACAGACUACUGCACCGCCGAGCGAAGUCAGAACUACAAUAGGUGUUGAAGAAUCUACACUUCCUUCAAGGUCAACGGAUAGAACUUCUCCAUCCGAAAGUCCUGAGACACCCACAACAUUACCUUCAGACUUCAUAACUAGACCUCACUCAGAACAAACGACUGAAUCUACUAGAGACGUUCCAACCACCCGUCCAUUUGAGGCAUCUACUCCCAGUCCAGCAUCUCUGAAAACAACUGUUCCAUCAGUCACUUCAGAAGCCACUACAAAUGUUCCAAUCGGUUCAACAGGUCAACGGAUAGGAACUACUCCAUCCGAAAGUCCUGAAACACCAACAACAUUACCUUCAGACUUCACAACUAGACCUCACUCAGAAAAAACAACUGAAUCUACUAGAGACGUUCCAACCACCCGACCAUUCGAGACAUCUACUCCCAGUCCAGCAUCUCUGGAAACAACUGUUCCAUCAGUUACUUUAGAAACCACUACAAAUGUUCCAAUCGGUUCAACAGGUGGGCAAGUGACAGAACAAACUACAUCUUCUCCGAGCGAAGUGAGAACUACAAUACGCGUUGAAGAAUCUACACUUCCUUCAAGGUCAGCGGAUAGAACUACUCCAUCCGAAAGUCCUGAGACACCAACAUUACCUUCAGACUUCACAACUAGACCUCACUCAGAACAAACGACUGAAUCUACUAGAGACGUUCCAACCACCAGGCCAUUUGAGGCAUCUACUCCCAGUCCAGCAUCUCUGGAAACUACUGUUCCAUCAGUCACUUCAGAAACUACUACAAAUGUUCCAAUUGGUUCAACAGGUGGGCAAGUGACAGGACAGACUACUGCACCGCCGAGCGAAGUCAGAACUACAAUAGGUGUUGAAGAAUCUACACUUCCUUCAAGGUCAACGGAUAGAACUUCUCCAUCCGAAAGUCCUGAGACACCCACAACAUUACCUUCAGACUUCAUAACUAGACCUCACUCAGAACAAACGACUGAAUCUACUAGAGACGUUCCAACCACCCGUCCAUUUGAAGCAUCUACUCCCAGUCCAGCAUCUCUGAAAACAACUGUUCCAUCAGUCACUUCAGAAGCCACUACAAAUGUUCCAAUCGGUUCAACAGGUGGGCAAGUGACAGAACAAACUACAUCUUCUCCGAGCGAAGUCAGAACUACAAUACGUGUUGAAGAAUCUACACUUCCUUCAAGGUCAACGGAUAGAACUACUCCAUCCGAAAGUCCUGAAACACCAACAACAUUACCUUCAGACUUCACAACUAGACCUCACUCAGAAAAAACAACUGAAUCUACUAGAGACGUUCCAACCACCCGACCAUUCGAGACAUCUACUCCCAGUCCAGCAUCUCUGGAAACAACUGUUCCAUCAGUUACUUUAGAAACCACUACAAGUGUUCCAAUGGGUUCAACAGGUGGGCAAGUGACAGGACAGACUACUGCACCGCCGAGCGAAGUCAGAACUACAAUACGUGUUGAAGAAUCUACACUUCCUUCAAGGUCAACGGAUAGAACUUCUCCAUCCGAAAGUCCUGAGACACCCACAACAUUACCUUCAGACUUCAUAACUAGACCUCACUCAGAAAAAACAACUGAAUCUACUAGAGACGUUCCAACCACCCGCCCAUUUGAGGCAUCUACUCCCAGUUCAGCAUCUUCUGGAAACAACUGUUCCAUCAGUUACUUUAGAAACCACUACAAAUGUUCCAAUCGGUUCAACAGGUCAGCGGAUAGAACUACUCCAUCCGAAAGUCCUGAGACACCAACAUUACCUUCAGACUUCACAACUAGACCUCACUCAGAACAAACGACUGAAUCUACUAGAGACGUUCCAACCACCAGGCCAUUUGAGGCAUCUACUCCCAGUCCAGCAUCUCUGGAAACUACUGUUCCAUCAGUCACUUCAGAAACCACUACAAAUGUUCCAAUUGGUUCAACAGGUGGGCAAGUGACAGGACAGACUACUGCACCGCCGAGCGAAGUCAGAACUACAAUACGUGUUGAAGAAUCUACACUUCCUUCUAGGUCAACGGAUAGAACCACUCCAUCCGAAAGUCCUGAGACACCCACAAUAUUACCUUCAGACUUCACAACUAGACCUCACUCAGAUCAAACGACUGAAUCUACUAGAGACGUUCCAACCACCCGGCCAUUUGAGGCAUCUACUCCCAGACCAGUAACUCUAGAAACUGCUGUUCCAUCGGUUACUUUAGAAACCACUACAAAUGUUCCAAUCGGUUCAACAGGUGGGCAAGUGACAGGACAGACUACUGCAACGCCGAGCGAAGUCAGAACUACAAUACGUGUUGAAGAAUCUACACUUCCUUCAAGGUCAACGGAUAGAACUACUCCAUCCGAAAGUCCUGAGACACCCACAACAUUACCUUCAGACUUCACAACUAGACCUCACUCAGAUCAAACGACUGAAUCAACUAGAGACGUUCCAACCACCCGGCCAUUUGAGGCAUCUACUCCCAGUCCAGCAUCUCUGGAAACUACUGUUCCAUCAGUCACUUCAGAAACCACUACAAAUGUUCCAAUUGGUUCAACAGGUGGGCAAGUGACAGAACAAACUACAUCUUCUCCGAGCGAAGUCAGAACUACAAUAGGUCUUGAAGAAUCUACACUUCCUUCAAGGUCAACGGAUAGAACUUCUCCAUCCGAAAGUCCUGAGACACCCACAACAUUACCUUCAGACUUCAUAACUAGACCUCACUCAGAUCAAACGACUGAAUCAACUAGAGACGUUCCAACCACCCGGCCAUUUGAGGCAUCUACUCCCAGUCCAGCAUCUCUGGAAACUACUGUUCCAUCAGUCACUUCAGAAACCACUACAAAUGUUCCAAUUGGUUCAACAGGUGGGCAAGUGACAGAACAAACUACAUCUUCUCCGAGCGAAGUCAGAACUACAAUAGGUCUUGAAGAAUCUACACUUCCUUCAAGGUCAACGGAUAGAACUUCUCCAUCCGAAAGUCCUGAGACACCCACAACAUUACCUUCAGACUUCAUAACUAGACCUCACUCAGAUCAAACGACUGAAUCUACUAGAGACGUUCCAACCACCCGCCCAUUUGAGGCAUCUACUCCCAGUUCAGCAUCUCUGGAAACAACUGUUCCAUCAGUUACUUUAGAAACCACUACAAAUGUUCCAAUCGGUUCAACAGGUGGGCAAGUGACAGAACAAACUACAUCUUCUCCGAGCGAAGUGAGAACUACAAUACGCGUUGAAGAAUCUACACUUCCUUCAAGGUCAACGGAUAGAACUACUCCAUCCGAAAGUCCUGAAACACCAACAACAUUACCUUCAGACUUCACAACUAGACCUCACUCAGAUCAAACGACUGAAUCUUCUAGAGACGUUCCAACCACCCAGCCAUUUGAGGCAUCUACUCCCAGACCAGUAACUCUACAAACUGCUGUUCUACCAGUAACUUCAGAAACCACUACAAAUGUUCCAAUCGGUUCAACAGGUGGGCAAGUGACAGAACAAACUACAUCUUCUCCGAGCGAAGUCAGAACUACAAUACGUGUUGAAGAAUCUACACUUCCUUCAAGGUCAACGGAUAGAACUACUCCAUCCGAAAGUCCUGAAACACCAACAACAUUACCUUCAGACUUCACAACUAGACCUCACUCAGAUCAAACGACUGAAUCUUCUAGAGACGUUCCAACCACCCAGCCAUUUGAGUCAUCUACUCCCAGACCAGUAACUCUAGAAACUGCUGUUCCACCAGUAACUUCAGAAACCACCACAAAUGUUCCAAUCGGUUCAACAGGUGGGCAAGUGACAGAACAGACUACACCUUCUCCGAGCGAAGUCAGAACUACAAUACGUAUUGAAGAAUCUACAUUUCCGUCAAGGUCAACGGAUAGAACUACUCCAUCUGAAAGUCCUGAGACACCCACAACAUUACCUUCAGACUUCACAACUAGACCUCACUCAGAUCAAACGACUGAAUCUACUAGAGACGUUCCAACCACCCGGCCAUUUGAGUCAUCUACUCCCAGACCAGUAACUCUAGAAAUUGCUGUUCCCCCAGUAACUUCAGAAACCACUACAAAUGUUGCAAUCGGUUCAACAGGUGGGCAAGUGACAGAACAAACUACAUCUUCUCCGAGCGAAGUCAGAACUACAAUACGUGUUGAAGAAUCUACACUUCCUUCAAGGUCAACGGAUAGAACUACUCCAUCCGAAAGUCCUGAAACACCAACAACAUUACCUUCAGACUUCACAACUAGACCUCACUCAGAUCAAACGACUGAAUCUACUAGAGACGUUCCAACCACCCGGCCAUUUGAGGCAUCUACUCCCAGUCCAGCAUCUCUGGAAACAACUGUUCCAUCAGUUACUUUAGAAACCACUACAAGUGUUCCAAUGGGUUCAACAGGUGGGCAAGUGACAGGACAGACUACUGCACCGCCGAGCGAAGUCAGAACUACAAUACGCGUUGAAGAAUCUACACUUCCUUCGAGGUCAACGGAUAGAACUCCUCCAUCCGAAAGUCCUGAGACACCCACAACAUUACCUUCAGACUUCACAACUAGACCUCACUCAGAUCAAACGACUGAAUCUUCUAGAGACGUUCCAACCACCCAGCCAUUUGAGUCAUCUACUCCCAGACCAGUAACUCUAGAAAUUGCUGUUCCCCCAGUAACUUCAGAAACCACUACAAAUGUUCCAAUCGGUUCAACAGGUGGGCAAGUGACAGGACAGACUACUGCAACGCCGAGCGAAGUCAGAACUACAAUAGGUGUUGAAGAAUCUACACUUCCUUCAAGGUCAACGGAUAGAACUACUCCAUCCGAAAGUCCUGAGACACCCACAACAUUACCUUCAGACUUCACAACUAGACCUCACUCAGAUCAAACGACUGAAUCUACUAGAGACGUUCCAACCACCCGGCCAUUUGAGGCAUCUACUCCCAGUCCAGCAUCUCUGGAAACAACUGUUCCAUCAGUUACUUUAGAAACCACUACAAAUGUUCCAAUCGGUUCAACAGGUGGGCAAGUGACAGGACAGACUACUGCAACGCCGAGCGAAGUCAGAACUACAAUAGGUGUUGAAGAAUCUACACUUCCUUCAAGGUCAACGGAUAGAACUACUCCAUCCGAAAGUCCUGAGACACCCACAACAUUACCUUCAGACUUCACUACUAGACCUCACUCAGAUCAAACGACUGAAUCUACUAGAGACGUUCCAACCACCCGGCCAUUUGAGGCAUCUACUCCCAGACCAGUAACUCUAGAAACUGCUGUUCCAUCAGUAACUUCAGAAACCACCACAAAUGUUCCAAUUGGUUCAACAGUAACUUCAGAAACCACCACAAAUGUUCCAAUUGGUUCAACAGGUGGGCAAGUGGCAGGACAGACAACUGCACCGCCGAGCGAAGUCAGAACUACAAUACGCGUUGAAGAAUCUACACUUCCUUCAAGGUCAGCGGAUAGAACUACUCCAUCCGAAAGUCCUGAGACACCAACAACAUUACCUUCAGACUUCACAACUAGACCUCACUCAGAACAAACGACUGAAUCUACUAGAGACGUUCCAACCACCCGGCCAUUUGAGGCAUCUACUCCCAGUCCAGCAUCUCUGGAAACAACUGUUCCAUCAGUCACUUCUGAAACCACUACAAAUGUUCCAAUUGGUUCAACAGGUGGGCAAUUGACAGAACAGAGUACAUCUUCUCCGAGCGAAGUGAGAACAACAAUACGUGUUGAAGAAUCUACACUUCCUUCAAGGUCAACGGAUAGAACUUUUCCAUCCGAAAGUCCUGAGAAACCCACAACAUUACCUUCAGACUUCACUACUAGACCUCACUUAGAACAAACAACUGAAUCUACUAGAGACGUUCUUACCACCCGUCCAUUUGAGACAUCUACUCCCAGUCCAGUAUCUCUGGAAACUACCGUUCCAUCAGUCACUUCAGAAACCUCUACAAAUGUUCCAAUUGGUUCAACAGGUGGGCAAGUGACAGAACAGACUACUGCACCUCCGAGCGUCAGAACAACUGAAACUAUAGUAAAAUCUACUCAUCCUGCAGUUUCACCCGAUACAACUAUUCCAUCCGAAAUUCCAGCCACGAGAGUACCUUUAGAGUCAACUACUCGGCUAUAUACUGACCAAACAAUUCCACCUGGAUCAACGGACAGAACAACUUCAUCCGAAAGACCGGACGAAAGCACUAGAUUAACCAGUGAAGAAUCAACAGAAACUACUAGGCCAGUACCAACUGUGAGCCCAAGGGAUGCAUUAGAGACGACAGUUACUUCAUUAAUCACAGAAACAACCAAAACUACUUCUGGUGGUACACCACGAGGACAAGUGACAGAACGGACUACCAAAUCGGUCAGCGAAUUAACGACUGGGCGCUCAAGUGACGUAGUGACAGAGCGUACUAUGCCAAGUAAUAUUUCGUCAACUACGACUGUUUUCAACAAUUCGGAACCCGUUUCGGAUAAUUUGCCAACUACAAUAAGCAUUACAGUGACAGAUAGCCCAACGACAGUACCUGUACCGACUUGUAAAACAGACUAUGACUGCUUGGACGAACAGACCUGCAUUGGCGGACAGUGCAUAUCGCCCUGUGAAUACUUCACUAAUCUCUGCACGGUGCAGAAUCUGACCAUUUGUCGUACAUUGAACCACACCACAAAGUGCUACUGUGAUACCGACGAUGAUGUAAAUAGACCCGAUUGCUCUAUGAAAGCAGAGAUUGGAUGCGCAUCGAGUGAUGAGUGUCCGUCCCAGCAGGCGUGCAUUAAUGCUCUUUGUGUGGAUCCUUGCACCUUUAACAAUCCCUGCAGCCGUAAUGAAGAUUGCCGAGUUUUUAACCACCAGCCAUUGUGCUCAGCCGAGCAUGGUCGCACGCCUGGAUGCGAGCAUUGUCCACCAGGCGCGAACUGCGAUCCAACAACCGGUGCUUGUAUAAAGGCUAAUGUAACAAUAACAACUAUUACUACCAAGAACUCCACAUCUACCAAGAUACCAACGAAACCAAGAACAACAGCUAACCCAAACACAGGCGUCAAAACGACGCCGACAACCACAAGGGUCACCACAAGAAAUACCACCACGACCACAACCACUACUACCACUUCCUCCACUAGCACUGAAUCGAGCACAAUCACAAGCGCUACUAACCAGACCAGUAAGAACCAAAAACCAGACACUGAAAGCACCACCUCCCACACCGAUGCCACGAGGCGGUAUCGCGAUGGUGAGAACAAUAUCACCGAUACUCCGACACCGAGGCCCACGAUCCAGACGACCACGCUGCGGGGCGAAGGUGUCAUGGGUGACAGUCAGAGGCGGUCCACUACGACGCCCAAAAUGAAGACCACCCGGCUGGAUACUUCCAACGAGGUACCAGAUACCACAUCGCCGUGGCCAAUAGAGCUGCCCACAACGGAGGGCACCACCACGGAAGUCUACAACACCAUGUUUGCCCCGGUGGUCAACACCACUGACACCUCAUUAAUUAACCCAUGUACAGUAGAUACUAAUUGUGCCCCUAACGAGCACUGCAAACUGGGCCAUUGCCGUAAAAAAGAACCGCCGGGUUCACCGAAAACACCCGAACCCUGCCAAUCUAACAACGACUGUAUUGAGAGCGAGGCCUGUUACAUGGGUUUGUGCCAGGAUCCUUGUGAGUUUGCCAAGAUCUGUGCCGCGACUGCCAAGUGCACGGCCAAGAGUCAUCGACCAGUGUGCACCUGUCCGCAGGGCCAUGAGGGCAAUCCGAUGGUCAAAUGUGUAACCACUCAAACCUCAAUUGAAUGCACUGACGAUUCGGACUGCGGUGUCACGGAAGCGUGCAUCAACCAACUUUGCCAGCAUCCUUGCGAUGUUCACGAUCCUUGUGCCACGAAUGCUGUUUGCAUCAACAGCAACCACGCAGCUGACUGCAGUUGCGCGGAUGGCUUCCAGGGCAAUGGAUUUGUUGGCUGUCAGCCAGCACGUUCCCAUGUCUGCCAAUACAACGAGGACUGUCCACCGACGAAGCUCUGCGAUCGCCUAAACCGACGCUGCAUCAAUCCCUGCCAAGAGGACUCUUGCGGCGAGAAUGCCGAGUGCAUACCCGUGAACCAUGGCACUGAAUGUCGCUGCCUGCCCGGAUUUCUGGGCAACGCCUACGUGCAGUGUCUCCCUAGUCAGGGAUGCCGCUCCGAUUCCGAAUGUGAUUCGAGUCAGGCCUGCAUCAACGGAAAGUGCUCAUCGCCCUGCCAGUGUGGAGCCUAUGCCCUCUGCGAUGUGGUUAAUCAUCGUGGUGUUUGCAAAUGCCCUCCCGGCUACAACGGAAAUCCCAAGGUGGGCUGCAGUCCGCCUCAAGAUCCAUGCGACCCCAAUCCAUGUGGCUUAAAUGCCUUGUGCGAACUGGACAAUGGCAACCCCAUCUGCUACUGCCCGAAGGGUCUUACCGGAAAUCCGUUCAAAAAUUGCAUUCCUGAGGGAGAUGAGUGCACACCGAAUCCCUGUGGUCCCAACUCUGGAUGUCGUCGCGUAGGUGGAAACCCGGUGUGCUUCUGUCUGCCGGAAUAUGAGGGUCAACCACCGUCGAUUCCUUGUGAGCUACCUUCCAAUCCCUGCGACCCAUCGCCUUGCGGACCGAAUACUCAGUGCUCUGUGCUCAGCAAUGGGUUCUCCAAGUGCACUUGUCUGCCGAACUAUGUGGAGAGUCCGAACACCAUCCGUGGAUGUGUUGAACCUAUUAACCCGUGUGACCCGAACCCUUGUGGAACUGGUGCAAUCUGCGAUUCAUCACGUCACCCCGUGUGUUACUGCCCGGACAACAAGAUUGGCAAUCCUUUCAGACUGUGCGACAAACCUGCAGUUACCAUUGAACUUUGCCAGCCAGGACCAUGUGGUCGAAAUGCCGAGUGCUAUGUGGCUGGAAAUCGCGAGGAGUGCUACUGCCGCUCGGGAUAUGUGGGAGAUGCUUACCAGGGAUGCCGUGAACCGAGUCGCACCGUUUGCGACCCCAAUCCUUGUGGACCCAAUGCCAACUGCGUUGUGGCUGGCGACGGACAAACGGCAUGCGUUUGUCCUGACGGUUUGUCAGGAGAUCCCACGUCCGUAAUUGGCUGUCAUGGCUACGAAUGUCAGGUGGAUGCCGAUUGUCCAAAUAGCAAGGCCUGCAUGGGCUACCGCUGCUACGAUCCCUGUCCAGGAGCAUGUGGCCAAGGAGCUCACUGCCAAGUGGAGGAACAUCACCCAGUUUGCUCUUGUAACUCCGGCUUGACUGGUAACCCUGGAAUUCGCUGCUAUGCUUUGGACCAUCCCAAAAAGAAUCCUUGCGUUCCUAGCCCUUGUGGCCGAAAUAGCGAGUGCAAGUUGCUAAAUAACCGCGCUGUUUGUUCGUGCAUCCCAGGUUACUUGGGCGAUCCUCAAUCGGGAUGCCAACCUGAGUGCGACAUUAACUCCGAUUGCGGUGAUACCUUGUCGUGCAUUAACCACAAGUGCGUGGAUCCAUGUGCCGGAGCGAUCUGUGGAAUUAAUGCCAUCUGUAAUGUGCGCCAGCAUACGCCAGUAUGUCUUUGCCUGGACGGCUUCGUCGGCGACGCCUUUUUGCAGUGCGUUCCCAUUGGAAUACUGAAGAACGUUUCUCGGGAUCCGUGUGCUCCGUCGCCCUGUGGACCUCAUGACGUUUGUUCGGUGUACGGCGAUGGAGUGGCCCUUUGUGAUCCCUGCUUUGGGCCAAAUGCCCAGCAGAAUCCACGCUGCCGACCCGAGUGCGUCGGCAAUUCGGAUUGUCCGUUUGAUCGCGCCUGUUUGGGUCAGCGUUGUCUGGAUCCCUGUCCCGGAUCCUGUGGCCGGAAUGCUAUCUGUAAUGUCUACGAACAUAAUCCCGUAUGCGCUUGUCCCACAGGACUAUUUGGCAAUCCGUACGAACAGUGCACAACUAAGUCGGUGGUCGAGACGCCACCUCAACCCAGCUGUGCUAAACUCCAUUGCGGUGCCAAUGCGGAGUGCAAGCGUCAGCACAGCGGUCUGGCCUGCGUCUGUCGUAAGGGUUACUUCGGAGACCCUCAUAUUGGUUGUCGGCCAGAAUGUGUUCUUAACAGUGACUGUCCCGCUGAAAAGGCUUGCUUGAACUCCAAGUGCGUGGAAGCGUGUACCGGUGUGUGUGGCGUUAAUGCAGUUUGCCGUGUGGUUAACCAUGCGCCUGUUUGCAUAUGCGCCGAGGGAUAUAGUGGAGAUGCCUCUAUUGCCUGCAAUCCGUUCUACCUGCCACCUCCAGAGCGACCUCAUCCGUGUGAGCCAUCACCAUGCGGACCAAACUCCCGAUGCAAGGCCACCCCUGAUGGCUAUGCAGCCUGUUCCUGCCUGCCGAACUUCAAAGGAGCUCCACCAGUCUGUCAGCCAGAGUGUGUGGUUAGCUCGGAGUGUGCUCCCAACCAGGCAUGUCUGAAUCAGAGGUGCACAGAUCCAUGCCCAGGUAUUUGCGGUGGUGGAGCUCGCUGCGAAGUGCUGAACCAUAACCCCAUCUGCUCCUGUGAGGCCAACUUCGAGGGUGAUCCGUUUGUGGCGUGCUCACCCAUUCAGGAUCCAGGUCGCGACAUCCCUGUGCCAAAGAACCCGUGCGUGCCAUCUCCUUGCGGACCCAACUCCAUUUGCCAGAUUAAACAAAACCGACCAGUCUGCUCCUGUGUGGCCAACUAUAUCGGCAGCCCACCGUAUUGCCGACCGGAGUGCACGCUGAGCAGUGAGUGCCCAUCGGACAAGGCCUGCAUCAACGAAAAGUGCCAGAAUCCGUGUGCCAACGUAUGUGGACACAAUGCCCGUUGUACGGUCAUCGCUCACUCCGCUCACUGCAGUUGUGACGAGGACUACGAGGGAGAUGCCUUCAUUGGUUGCUCUAAGAAGAUUACAGAAAGGCCCGGUGAUCACAUUGAUCCAUGCUACCCUAACCCAUGUGCCGAGAACGCUGUUUGCACGCCAUACAAUAAUGCCGCACGCUGUACCUGCAUUGAGCCCUAUAAUGGCGAUCCUUACAGUACCGGAUGUCGACCGGAAUGUAUCUACAGCUCGGAGUGCCCCUCAUCGCUGGCCUGCAUCAAGCAGCACUGUCGCGAUCCAUGCACGGCUGCUUGUGGAGCGAAUGCCGAAUGUACGGUGGUCAACCACUUACCCUCUUGCAGUUGCACCAGAGGAUUUGAGGGUAAUCCGUUUGACGGAUGCAAACGGGUGGUCGUUGUGCGACCCGAAACCGUGUGUGAACCCAAUCCCUGUGGACCGAACAGCAUUUGUCGCUCUGUAGAGGGACAUCCAACGUGCAGUUGCCAGGUCGGUUACUUCGGAGCUCCGCCACAGUGCAGACCCGAAUGUGUGGUCAGCUCGGAGUGUGCUCAGCAUUUGUCCUGCAUAAAUCAGAAGUGUAUGGAUCCGUGUGUGGGCACUUGUGGAUUCAACGCCAAAUGUCAAGUCAACAACCACAAUCCUAUUUGCUCCUGUCCAGCCAACUAUGAGGGAAAUCCAUUUGAGCAAUGCAUGCCCAAACCCGCAGAACCAACUCGCAACGUAGAUCCAUGCCUUCCCAGCCCAUGCGGUUCCAAUUCCAUUUGCCGAAAUGUGAACAAUAGGGCAGAGUGCUCUUGUGCGCCAGGAAUGUUUGGAGCACCACCGAACUGUCGACCUGAAUGUGUGAUUAACCAGGAUUGCCCAUCAAAUCGAGCUUGUAUACGGCAGCGGUGUGAGGAUCCUUGCAUUGGCAUUUGUGGCUUCAAUGCCGUGUGCUCCACGCAGAACCACCAGCCCAAGUGCAGUUGCAUUGAAAGCUUUGAGGGUGAUCCGUACACCGCCUGCAAAAUGCGUGAGAUCGUGGUGCUAGAUCCACCCACCGAUCCAUGCUAUCCAUCGCCAUGUGGUGCGAAUGCCAUUUGUCGCGUGCGCAACGGAGCCGGCUCCUGUUCCUGCAUCCAAAAUUAUUUCGGUGAUCCCUAUAUCAACUGCCGCCCUGAGUGCGUCCAGAAUAGCGAUUGUCCCAAUAACCGUGCCUGUAUAAACAUGAAGUGCCGCGAUCCCUGCGCCAAUGCCUGUGGAUUUAAUGCCAUUUGCCGGGUGGCUCAUCAUCAGCCCGUCUGUAGUUGUGAACCCCACUUAACAGGCAAUCCACUGCGCGCAUGCGUCGAGAGGCCCUCAAAUAUGUACCUACCCCUGCCCAAAGACCCUUGUAGACCGUCGCCUUGUGGCCUGUUCAGCACUUGUCAUGUAGUUGGGGAGCGUCCUGUGUGUGCCUGCUUGCCAGACUACAUGGGUGCUCCGCCCAACUGCAAGCCCGAGUGUAUGACCAGUGCCGAGUGUCCUUCGGAUAGGGCCUGUAUAAACCAGCGCUGCAAAGAUCCUUGUCCCGGAACAUGUGGCUACAAUGCCCGCUGUCGCUGCACGAAUCAUUCACCAAUAUGCAGUUGCUACGAUGGUUACACCGGGGAUCCGUUCCACCAGUGCGUUCCUGAAAGAAAACCACCACCAAUAGCUGAUCCCAUUGUUCCGCCCAAUCCUUGUGUGCCAUCACCUUGCGGACCCAACUCUCAGUGCCAGGUUUCAAGCAGUGGAGCAGUGUGCUCCUGCGUAACCAAUUACAUAGGACGACCACCUGGUUGUCGGCCAGAGUGCAGUAUUAAUUCCGAGUGUCCGGCCAGAAUGGCCUGCAUCAAUGCUCGUUGUGCCGAUCCGUGCAUCGGAUCGUGUGGAAAUAACGCACUCUGCCAUGUCAGUCUGCAUGCACCGGUGUGCAUGUGUGAGCCCGGAUAUUCCGGCGAUCCGUUCUCCGGCUGCUACAAGAUAAUUGAGACCCCGAUUGAGGUAAUCCAACCGUGCCGUCCCAGCCCAUGCGGCUUAAAUGCCCUUUGCGAGGAGCGGAAUCAAGCCGCCGCCUGCAAGUGUCUUCCGGAAUACUUUGGGGAUCCAUAUGUCGAGUGUCGCCCCGAGUGCGUCAUCAACUCGGACUGUCCCAGGUCGCGAGCCUGUGUCAAUCAAAAGUGCGUGGAUCCCUGUCCGGGAAUGUGUGGUCACAACGCUCUAUGCGCCGUCUUCAACCACGCUCCCAACUGCGAGUGUCUUCCUGGUUAUACGGGCAACCCCAUCGUUGGUUGUCACAUAGUCCCUGAAAGUCCGCGCUAUCCCGACCCAAUAGUGCCUGAAAACCCUUGCCAACCCUCGCCCUGUGGCCUCUACAGCAACUGUCGCCCGGUCAAUGGCCACGCAGUUUGCUCCUGUGUGCCCAGCUACAUCGGCUCUCCUCCCAACUGCCGGCCAGAGUGCAUGAGCAGCUCGGAGUGUGCGCAGGACAAGUCGUGCCUUAACGAGCGCUGCAAGGAUCCCUGCCCAGGCACCUGCGGCAAUAACGCGCUCUGCCGCGUAGUCAACCACAACCCCAUCUGCUCCUGCAGUCCCGGCUUCAGCGGUGAUCCCUUCGUGCGCUGCUUCCCACAAGAGAAGCGACCGCCCAUUACCCAUGACCGCAUCGAUCCGUGCGUGCCCUCGCCAUGUGGGCCCAACUCUGAGUGCCGGGUGUCGGCCGCCAAUGAGCAGGCUGUCUGCUCAUGCUUGCAACAUUACGUGGGUAGGGCGCCAAAUUGCCGACCGGAGUGUACAUCCGAUUCCGAGUGCCCUGGCAAUUUGGCGUGCAUAAAUCUGCGCUGCCGGGAUCCGUGUGUCGGUACCUGCGGCAUACAGACCACCUGCCUUGUAAAUAAUCAUAGACCCAUUUGCCGCUGCAUUGACGGUUAUGCAGGCGAUCCAUUCUCAGAGUGUAGUCCAAAGAUUAAUGUCCCGGUACAAGUGGCACAGCCCUGCAACCCGAGUCCCUGUGGCGCCAAUGCUGUGUGCAAAGAGCGCAAUGGAGUGGGUUCCUGCUCCUGUCUACCGGAGUAUAAUGGAGACCCGUACACGGAGUGCCGCCCAGAGUGCGUGCUCAAUAGUGACUGCUCGAAGAACCGCGCCUGCCUCAACAACAAGUGCCGCGAUCCCUGUCCGGGAGUCUGUGGCGUCUCGGCCGAGUGCCACGUGAUCAACCACGCCCCCAGCUGCAGUUGUCCUUCCGGUUUCACUGGAAAUCCCUCGCAAUUUUGUCGGGAGAUACCAAGAUUGCCCGCUCCCGUUGAACCAUGUCGUCCUUCGCCCUGCGGACCCUACAGCCAGUGCCGUGAGGUUAACGGACAUGCGGUCUGCUCCUGCGUUACCAAUUAUAUUGGCACACCGCCCGCUUGUCGUCCGGAGUGCUCGGUUAGCUCCGAAUGCGCUCAGGACAGAGCAUGUGUGAACCAGCGCUGUGCGGACCCAUGUCCUGGUACCUGUGGCAAUGAGGCUAUCUGCAAAGUGACCAACCACAACCCGAUCUGCUCCUGCCCAGCCGGCUACAGCGGCGAUCCUUUCGUUCGCUGUGCGCCGUGGCAGGAGGAACCGGAGCAACCCAAGUCCAAUGAAAAUCCUUGUGUACCCAGUCCCUGUGGACGCAAUUCCCAGUGUCGUGUCGUGGGCGAGACGGGCGUGUGCUCCUGCCUGCCAAAUUUCGUGGGUAGGGCGCCAAAUUGCCGCCCAGAGUGCACUAUCAACACAGAGUGUCCUGCCAACCUGGCGUGCAUCAAUGAGCGCUGCCAGGAUCCCUGUCCGGGAUCGUGUGGCUUUAAUGCUUUCUGUAGUGUUGUAAACCACUCGCCCAUCUGCACCUGCGACUCUGGUUACACAGGUGACCCAUUCGCCGGCUGUAACCCACAACCUCCAGCCAUACCCGAUGAACGUCUGACUCCCUGCCAACCCUCCCCCUGUGGUCCCAAUGCCGAGUGCCGUGAGCGCAACGGAGCCGGCUCCUGUACUUGUCUGCCGGAAUAUUUCGGUGAUCCGUACAGUGGCUGCCGUCCGGAAUGCGUGGUGAACAGUGAUUGCUCGCGCGACAAGUCGUGUGUCAACCAGAAAUGCGUGGACCCGUGUCCAGGUGUUUGUGGCUUGAACGCCCAGUGUCGUGUGUCCAAUCAUCUUCCCAGUUGCUCAUGCUUGGCUGGAUACACCGGAAAUCCGUCGAGCGCGUGCCGUGAAAUUCCCCAGUUGCCCCCACCACCCGAACGGGAUGAGAACCCCUGUAGACCAUCUCCCUGUGGUCCCUAUAGUCAGUGCCGCGAGGUCGACGGCCAUGCCGUGUGCUCCUGCCUUCAGGGCUUCAUCGGAUCAGCUCCCAACUGCCGGCCCGAGUGCAUCAUUAGCUCGGAUUGCGCCCAAAAUCUUAACUGUCAGAAUCAAAAGUGCGUGGACCCGUGUCCGGGCACUUGUGGCAUCGAGGCGCGCUGCCAGGUCAUUAACCACUAUCCCGCAUGCUCCUGUGCCCCAGGUUUUACCGGAGAUCCCUUCAACCGGUGCACCAAGAUAUUGUUGGAGCCCCCACCCACCGAAAAGUCUGGUAAUCCCUGCAUCCCAUCACCAUGCGGACCCAACUCGAAAUGCCUCGAUGUCCGUGGUUCGCCUGCAUGCUCCUGUUUGCCCGACUAUCUGGGACGUCCGCCAAACUGCCGGCCCGAGUGCCUCAGUAGUGCCGACUGUCCGGCUAACCUGGCCUGUGUGAACCAGCGCUGCUCGAACCCAUGUAUCGGCGCUUGCGGCCUGCACUCCGUGUGCACGGUCAUCAAGCACCGACCAGCAUGCGAGUGUGUGCCAGGUUACACCGGAGAUCCCUUCUCAGGCUGUGCGAUCGUACAGCAAAUCGCCCCGCCGGACGAGACAAGAAAUCCCUGCAAUCCUAGCCCCUGCGGAGCAAAUGCCAUUUGCCGGGAGCGCAAUGGAGCUGGCUCUUGUGCCUGCCUGCCCGAGUACUUUGGUGAUCCGUACAGUGGUUGCCGACCGGAAUGUGUCCAGAACGACGACUGCGACCGCUCGCGUGCCUGUAUCAACAACAAGUGCCAGGAUCCUUGUCCCGGAGCCUGCGGCAUCAACGCUGAGUGCAGAGUUUUGAAUCACGGACCGAACUGCAACUGUUUCGAUGGCUAUACUGGAGAUCCGCAUCGCUCGUGCUCGUUGAUCGAGGUGGUCACUAUUCGACCGGAGCCAUGCAAGCCAUCACCCUGCGGACCGUACAGCCAGUGCUUGGACACCAACAGUCAUGCAGUGUGCAGCUGCUUGGAAGGCUACAUUGGUGCACCGCCCAGCUGCAAACCGGAAUGUGUGGUCAGCUCGGAGUGCCCACAAAAUAGGGCUUGCAUUAACCAGAAGUGCGAGGAUCCUUGUCGAGGAUCGUGUGGCAAUAAUGCUAAAUGCCAAGUGGUCAACCACAAUCCCAUCUGUACCUGCCAGCCUGGCAUGACAGGUGAUCCGAUAUCGGGAUGUGAGCCCAUGCCCGAAGUCAAGAACGUGGAGAAUCCGUGUGUGCCGUCACCAUGUGGACCCAACUCUGUUUGUCGACAGAUUGGAAACCAGGCAGCAUGUUCCUGUAACGCUGGCUAUAUUGGACGCCCACCCACUUGCCGACCGGAAUGCACAAACAAUGACGAGUGCCAGAACCAUCUUUCCUGUCAGCAGGAGCGCUGCGUGGAUCCGUGCCCCGGAUCGUGUGGUAGCAACGCCAUCUGCCAGGUGGUGCAGCACAAUGCUGUAUGCUCCUGCGCCGAUGGAUACGAGGGAGAGCCACUCUUUGGUUGUCAGCUGAUUCCAGCUGUGACGCCCACCGAGUCACCAUCCUCGCCCUGCGAGCCAUCACCAUGCGGUCCUCAUGCCGAGUGUCGUGAAAGGAAUGGAGCUGGAGCUUGCUAUUGUCACGAUGGAUUCGAGGGUAAUCCCUACGAUGCCCAACGAGGAUGCCGACGAGAGUGCGAGAAUAACGAUGACUGUACUGCCGUCCAAGCCUGCUCUCGAUUCAAGUGCGUCGAUCCCUGCAACAAUAUUUGCGGAGACUAUGCCAUUUGCACAGUCGACAAACAUGUGCCCACUUGUGACUGCCCGCCUGGAUACACUGGAGAUCCGUUCUUCAGCUGCAAACCCGUGCCGGUCACACCGCGUCCUCCGCUCAACCCAUGCAACCCAUCUCCAUGUGGACCCAACAGCAAUUGUCGGGCCAUGAACAACCAGGCAGUGUGUUCCUGCCAGGCAGGAUUCAUCAACCAGCCACCCAACUGCAAACCGGAAUGCGUGGUCAGUGCCGAAUGUGCUCCGGAAAAAGCAUGUGUACACAAGAAGUGCGUUGAUCCCUGUCAGCAUACCUGCGGUAUCCGGGCCAUCUGCACCACCAAAAACCACAGCCCCAUCUGCACGUGUCCCCGAACAAUGACUGGAGAUCCCUUCGUUGAGUGCACUAGAGUUGCAAUCACCAAUGACAAUACGACACCGUCGCCGGCUCCAGCAUCCUGUGUGCCUUCGCCUUGUGGACCCAAUGCCAAGUGCCAGAUCGUGGGCAAUAGUCCGGCAUGCUCCUGCCUGCCGAACUUCAUCGGGGCUCCACCCCGCUGUCGCCCGGAGUGCGUCUUGAACUCGGAAUGUGGACCCACAGAGGCGUGCAUAAACCAAAAGUGCGCAGAUCCAUGCUCUGGAUCGUGCGGAUUUGAGGCCAAGUGCCAUGUGCUCAAUCACCUGCCCAUUUGCAACUGCAUUGAGGGUUACGAAGGUGAUCCGUUCGUGCGUUGCACCAAGAAGGAAGAAGAUAGAUCUCCUCCACCCCCGAAUGACCCGUGCAACCCGAACCCGUGCGGACAAAAUGCGGAUUGCUUUGCCGGAGAGUGCCGCUGCCAAAAUAAUUACCAAGGCAAUGCCUACGAGGGAUGUCGUCCUGAGUGCACGCUCUCAGCGGACUGUCCAAGGGACAAGGCCUGUAUGCGAAACCGUUGUGUGGAUCCCUGUCCAGGAAUCUGCGGUAACAAUGCUGUGUGCGAGGUGAUGAACCACAUACCGGUGUGCUCCUGCGUCAAGGGUUAUGAAGGUGACCCGUUCGUCAACUGCCGCGUGAAACCCGUCGUGGAGGAUCCUAUUAUUGAGGCCUGCUCCCCAUCGCCAUGCGGUUCCAACAGUCAGUGUCGCGACGUUAACGGCCAUGCGGUUUGCUCUUGCCUGGAAGGUUAUAUCGGAGCACCACCCCAGUGCCGUCCCGAGUGUGUGGUGUCAAGCGAGUGCUCCGCCUUACAAGCCUGUGUCAACAAGAAGUGCGUAGAUCCAUGCGCCGCUGCUUGUGGUUUGGAGGCCCGCUGUGAGGUCAUCAAUCAUAGUCCGAUUUGUGGCUGCCCACCUGGCCGAACUGGAGAUCCGUUCAAGCAAUGCGUCGUCCUCCCACCGAUUGCUGUUCCAGACGUAAAGUCACCUCCCCAAGAUCCCUGUGUGCCAUCCCCCUGCGGACCCAACUCGAUCUGUAAGAAUGAUAGGAAUGGCCCCGUCUGCCAAUGUCAACCAGAGUUCUUUGGCUCGCCGCCCAACUGUCGACCCGAGUGUAUCAUUAAUCCGGACUGUCAAUCUACACAGGCGUGUAUCAACAACAAAUGCAGCAAUCCAUGCCCAGAAUCAUGCGGAACCAAUGCGGAGUGUCGUGUUAUUGGACACGCUGUGUCCUGCUCUUGUCCAACAGGAUACGCCGGCAACGCUUUCGUACAGUGUGUACCGCAGCAAGAGGAGCCACCGAAGCCGUGCCAGCCAUCGCCAUGUGGUCCAAAUGCCGAGUGUAUUGAACGGAACGGAGCCGCAGCCUGCAAAUGUAUUGAUGAAUACCAGGGUAAUCCGUACGAGGGUUGUCGUCCCGAGUGCGUACUGAGCUCAGAUUGUCCUACGGACAAGACGUGCAUACGCAACAAGUGCCAGGAUCCUUGCCCAGGAAUCUGUGGAUUGAACGCCCAGUGCUAUGCUGUGAACCACGUGCCCAACUGUGUUUGCAACGAUGGCUAUACUGGUGAUCCGUUCGCCAGUUGUCGUCGAGUGGAGGUCACAACUCCAUCACCAGUUUCGGAUCCUUGCAUUCCAUCUCCUUGCGGAGCCAAUAGCAAAUGCAGGGUCGCAAAUGGCUUAGCCGUUUGCUCAUGCAUGGAAACAUUCAUUGGAGCCCCACCAAAUUGCAAACCCGAGUGCACGGUUAAUGCCGAGUGUCCUUCCAAUAGGGCGUGCCACAAGUUCCGUUGCGCGAAUCCUUGCGCCAAGACGUGUGGCCUGAAUGCCAAGUGUGAAGUGAUCAACCAUAAUCCCAUCUGUAGUUGCCCUCUGGACAUGACGGGUGAUCCAUUUGCUCGCUGCUACCCAGCUCCCCCACCGCCGCCACCAGGACCCAAGGAUGAGCCCGUUAGGAGACCAUGUCAACCAUCACCAUGUGGAUUGAACUCGGAAUGCAGAGUACGUGACGAGCAGGCCUCGUGCUCUUGCCUACCCAACUUUAUAGGAGCACCACCUAACUGCCGACCCGAAUGUGUUGUGAACACGGAUUGUUCGCCGGACCAAGCUUGCAUUGCCGAGAAGUGCCGUGAUCCCUGCGAUGGAUCCUGCGGAGUCGACUCCGAAUGCCGUGUUCAGAACCACUUGGCCAUCUGCACCUGCCGUGGAGGAUUCACCGGUGAUCCGUUUGUUCGUUGCUUCGAGUUCGUCGAAGAGACCACAAAGUCACCGCCACUCACACAGGAUCCUUGUGAUCUGCAGCCAUGCGGAUCGAAUGCCGAGUGCCGAAACGGUAUCUGUAGCUGCCUCGCGGACUACCAGGGAGAUCCCUAUACCGGCUGUCGUCCAGAAUGUACAUUGAGUACUGAUUGCGCACCUACCAAGGCUUGCUUAAACAAGAAGUGUGUUGAUCCUUGCCCAGGAGUAUGUGGGCAGAACUCGCAGUGUGAUGUUUCAAACCACAUACCGAUUUGCAGUUGCCUGCAGGGCUACACGGGCGAUCCGUUUGUUCACUGCCGUCACGAGACGCCAGUGGCCAAGGAUCCGUGCCAACCGAACCCAUGCGGACCCAACAGCUUGUGCCACAUAUCCGGACAAGGACCAGUCUGCGCCUGUCAACCGGGAAUGCUGGGCUCACCGCCCGCCUGCAAACCGGAGUGCAUUGUCAGCUCCGAGUGCUCGUUGCACACUGCCUGUGUGAACAGGAAGUGCGUGGAUCCUUGCCCCGGAGCAUGUGGGCAAUUUGCUCGCUGCCAGGUGAUCAACCACAACCCGUCCUGCUCAUGCAACACGGGAUACACUGGCGAUCCGUUUACCCGAUGCUAUCAGGAGGAACGAAAACCACCGACGACGCCAGAUAAUCCUUGCCAGCCAUCUCCUUGCGGACCCAAUUCCGAGUGCAAGGUGCUGAAUGGAAACGCUGCCUGCUCGUGUGCGGCCACCUUCAUUGGAACGCCACCAAGCUGCCGACCCGAAUGCUCCAUCAAUCCAGAAUGUCCACCAACCAAGGCCUGUAUCCGCCAGAAGUGCUCGGAUCCGUGUGUGAAUGCCUGUGGAUUUAAUGCCCGCUGCAAUGUGGCCAAUCAUCAACCCAUCUGCACAUGCGAUGUGGGCUAUACUGGAGAUCCGUUUACGGGCUGUCAGAAGGAGCAAGAACGCAUUGUCAAUGAGCAGGUGACUCCCUGCGAGCCCAAUCCCUGUGGCUCGAAUGCUGUGUGCCGCGAAAGAAAUGGCAUCGGUUCCUGCCAGUGCCUGCCGGAUCAUUUUGGUGACCCGUAUCAGUCGUGUCGUCCGGAGUGCGUACGCCACUCGGACUGCGCCUCGAAUAAGGCGUGCCAACAGCAGAAGUGUCGCGAUCCCUGUCCAGGCACCUGCGGCAGCAAUGCGGACUGCAGUGUAACAAACCAUCUGCCCACCUGUACAUGCCGCAUUGGAUAUACCGGUGAUCCGUACCGCUACUGCCACGUGGAACCACCCCAGCUCCCUGCCCGAGUGACCGAACCAUCUCAACCCUGCCGCCCUUCACCAUGUGGUCCCAACUCUCAGUGCCGCGAACUGAACGGUCAGGCCGUGUGCUCCUGCCUGGAGCUUUACAUCGGUCUGCCACCCAACUGCCGACCGGAGUGUGUGCUGAGCACAGAGUGUCCCACCGAUAAGGCUUGCAUCAGUCAACGUUGUCAGGACCCGUGUCCGGGCACUUGUGGCAUCAAUGCUGAGUGCCGGGUGCGUAAUCAUAGUCCUCUGUGUCAGUGUCGUCAAGGUUUUACCGGUGAUUCCUUUACCCGUUGUUAUCCCCUGCCACCCCCGCCUCCUGUAAUCGAACGAGUUGAGCGUGAUCCUUGCCUGCCAUCGCCCUGCGGAUUGAAUAGCCAAUGCCGCAAUGUCCAAGGUGUGCCGUCCUGUACCUGCCUGCCAGACUUUUUGGGGGCACCGCCCAACUGUAGGCCGGAGUGCACAAUCAGUGCAGAGUGUCCCUCAAAUCUCGCUUGCAUACGGGAGAGGUGUAUAGAUCCCUGUCCUGGUUCUUGUGGCUAUGCCGCCGAGUGUAGUGUGGUAAACCAUACGCCAAUUUGCGUCUGUCCCGCUGGCUUUACGGGUGAUCCGUUCUCCAGUUGUCGUCCAGCGCCGCCGCCAGAGCCCACACAAAGCGAAUAUGUGGAUCCUUGCAACCCAUCACCUUGUGGACCGAAUGCCCAAUGCAACGCAGGAAUCUGUACUUGUCUGGCCGAAUUCCAUGGCGACCCCUACUCAGGUUGCCGUCCCGAGUGCGUUCUCAAUUCGGACUGUCCCAGGGACAAGGCUUGCCAUAGCAGCAAGUGCGUAAACCCUUGUCCAGGAACUUGUGGCGAGAAUGCCAUUUGUGAUGUCAUCAAUCACAUACCCAUGUGCAGAUGUCCCGAACGCACCGCUGGCAGCGCAUUCAUCCGCUGCUCUCCUGUGCAGAUUACAGUAUCUAAUCCCUGCCGACCAUCACCGUGUGGUCCAAACUCGCAGUGCCGAGAGGUUAAUCAGCAAGCAGUGUGUUCGUGCCUGCCAAGCUUCAUUGGAGCUCCGCCAUCUUGCCGACCCGAGUGCACCUCGAAUUCGGAGUGUGCACCCACUCAAGCUUGCCUGAAUCAACGAUGUGGAGAUCCCUGCCCCGGUACAUGUGGAGUGGGUGCUAAUUGCGCUGUUGUCAGUCAUAGCCCCUUCUGCACAUGUCCUGAGAGGUUUACGGGUAACCCAUUCAUUCGUUGCCAGCCCCAGAUUGAACCCCCCGUUCGUGAUGUUGCGCCCGUUGAUCCCUGUCGCCCAUCUCCCUGUGGACCUUAUUCGCAGUGUCGCCCAGUUGGUGAGGCCCCGGCCUGUUCCUGUGUGGAGACCUAUAUUGGUCGCCCUCCAAACUGCCGCCCAGAGUGUGUGACCAGCUCGGACUGCUCCAGUCAGCUGGCCUGUGUGAACCAGAAGUGUGUCGACCCAUGUCCAGGACGCUGUGGUCUUAAUGCCGAGUGCUUUGUGGUUAGCCACGCCGUGCAAUGUAUUUGCCAGCAGGGCUUCAACGGAGAUCCGUUCGUGCAAUGCAAACCGGAGAUCGCUUAUGAAAAUGAAAUCCGCACUCCGUGCAGCCCGAGUCCUUGUGGCCCGAAUGCUGUGUGCCGCGAUCGCAACGGAGUAGGCUCCUGCCAGUGCCUGCCGCAAUACUUUGGAGAUCCUUACGAAGGCUGUCGCCCGGAGUGCAUGCUUGACUCGGACUGCCCGUCAAACCGGGCUUGCCAACAGCUGAGAUGCCAAGACCCUUGUCCAGGAACCUGUGGACUGAAUGCCAACUGUCAAGUGGUGAACCAUUUGCCAACCUGUACUUGCCUGACCGGAUAUGUGGGUGACCCAUACCGUCAAUGUAAUCGAUUGCCAGAACCACCCCAAAACGAGUAUGUAAACCCAUGUCAGCCGACUCCUUGUGGUCCCAACUCCCAGUGCCGCGUUUCGAAUGAACAGGCGGUUUGCUCUUGCCUGCCCCUGUUCGUAGGAACUCCACCAUCCUGCCGGCCCGAGUGUACCAUAUCCUCGGAGUGUUCUGCUGAUAGGGCCUGUGUGAAUCAGAAAUGUGUGGAUCCUUGUGCAGCAGAUACAUGCGGAAAUAAUGCCAUAUGUAGGGUCCGCAACCACAGCCCUAUUUGCAGUUGCAUUAGCGGCUAUACAGGCGACGCCUUUACUAGAUGUUUCCUUAUUCCACCGCCGAUUAUUGAGACCAAGGACGAACCUUUAAGGGAUCCCUGUAUACCAACACCCUGUGGUCCCAACUCCGAGUGCCGUAAUAUCAAUGGUGUGCCUGCCUGUUCCUGUCUGGUUAAUUUCAUUGGCCAGGCACCAAAUUGUCGUCCCGAGUGCACAAUCAACUCCGAGUGUCCCAGUCAGCUGGCGUGUAUCAACCAAAAGUGUCGCGAUCCCUGCCCGGGAGCCUGCGGACAAAACGCUGUUUGCAGUGUCAUCAAUCAUACGCCACUGUGCGCCUGCAUCGAUGGUUACAUAGGAAAUCCAUUUACCAACUGCAACCCCAAACCUCCAGAACCCCCAGCGCCACCAGUUGCGGACGAUCCUUGCAAUCCGUCGCCUUGCGGAGCUAAUGCUCAGUGCCGAAAUGGCCAAUGCUCUUGUAUACCUGAAUACAAAGGGGAUCCAUACGUCUCCUGUCGUCCAGAGUGUGUGCUUAACACCGAUUGCCCAAGGGAUCGAGCCUGUGUGCGCAACAAGUGCAUCGAUCCCUGUUCUGGAACUUGUGGGGUAAAUGCCUUGUGCGAGGUCAACAACCAUAUCCCAAUUUGCCGUUGUCCAGAGCAAAUGUCUGGCAAUGCCUUUUUCGAGUGUCGACCCGUGCCGCCUGCCAAGAUUCAAAAUCCCUGCCAGCCGUCGCCGUGUGGUCCGAACAGCCAGUGCCGCGUGGUGCAACAAACUGCCGUCUGCUCCUGUCUGGCUAACUACGUAGGCAGUCCGCCGCAAUGUCGGCCGGAAUGUGUAACUAACUCAGACUGUCCUGCCGAUCAGGACUGCCAGAAUAUGAAGUGUCGCGACCCGUGUCCUGGUACAUGUGGCUUUAAUGCUCUAUGCAACGUCGUCAAUCACCGUCCCUUCUGCAGCUGCCCCACUGGCAUGUCCGGAAAUCCUUUCGUGAGCUGUCAGCAGCUAAUUAUACGCGAUGAAAGACCUCAAAAUCCGUGCCAGCCUUCUCCUUGUGGUCCCAACUCCGAAUGUCGUGUAUCUGGAGAUUCACCGUCUUGUUCAUGUCUGCCUGAAUUUGUAGGAGCACCGCCGAACUGCCGACCCGAGUGUAUAUCCAACUCUGAGUGCCCCACAAACCAGGCUUGCAUCAACCAGAAAUGUGUGGACCCCUGUCCAGGACUAUGUGGUCAAAAUGCCAUUUGUCGGGUGUUCAGUCAUAGUGCCAUGUGCUUGUGUGACGGUGGCUUCACCGGAGAUCCGUUUAGUCAGUGUAGUCCAAUAAGAGAUAGUCCUCCUGAAGUUCUGCAGCCCUGCAACCCCAGUCCUUGCGGCGUGAAUGCCAAGUGCGAGGAACGUGGUGGGGCCGGAUCCUGCCAGUGUCUGCCUGAUUACUUCGGAAAUCCAUAUGAUGGCUGUCGUCCCGAGUGCGUUUUGAACUCUGACUGCCCUUCGAAUCAGGCAUGUGUCAACCAGAAAUGCCGUGACCCAUGUCCCGGCACUUGCGGCCAAAACGCCGAGUGUCAAGUGGUCAAUCACUUGGCCACCUGUAAUUGUUUGGUUGGAUACACCGGUGACCCGUACAGCAUAUGCCGCAUCACAGUCAAUGAGCCGCCUGAACGCGUCUAUGUGAACCCUUGUCAGCCGUCUCCAUGCGGUCCAAACUCGCAAUGCCGUGAAGUAAACGAGCAAGGAGUUUGUUCCUGCUUGCCAGAGUUCAUCGGCAGUCCUCCUGCCUGUCGUCCGGAAUGCACCAGUAGCUCGGAGUGCGCCGCCGACAAGGCUUGUGUGAACCGAAAAUGUGUGGACCCUUGUCCAAAUGUUUGUGGUCAGCAAGCCGAGUGUCGCGUGCGUAACCACAAUCCCAUUUGCACUUGCCUAAGUGGAUUCACUGGUGACCCAUUCACCCGUUGCUACCGUCAGCCGCCUCCGCCUCCAGUUGUCGAACGUGAACCCCUUGACCCUUGUGUUCCUUCACCCUGCGGUGCAAAUUCCCAGUGCCGCGAAAUUCACGGCACACCAUCCUGCUCUUGCCUUCCGCAAUAUUUGGGUACACCACCCAAUUGCCGCCCGGAAUGUUCCAUCAAUGCCGAGUGUCCCAGUCAUCAGGCCUGUAUUAAUCAAAAAUGCAGAGACCCCUGUCCUGGCUCUUGUGGUCUAAACACUCAGUGCAGUGUCAUCAACCACACGCCAAUCUGCAGUUGUCUCGCGGGUUAUAUAGGUGACCCAUUCAGCGUUUGCAACCCCGAGCCAAUACCCGAGAAAAUUCGAGACCCACUGCCACCGGAGGAUCCUUGCAACCCAUCACCAUGUGGCUCUAAUACACAGUGCAACAAUGGAGUUUGCUCUUGCCUGCCCGAAUACCAUGGUGACCCAUACACGGGAUGUCGUCCAGAGUGCGUUCUGCACACGGAUUGUGACCGUAGUAGAGCUUGUGUUCGUCACAAGUGUGUUGAUCCCUGUCCCGGUACUUGUGGAACCAAUGCGAUAUGCGAGGUUCUAAACCAUAUACCCAACUGCCGUUGUUUAGAAGGAAUGCAAGGCAAUGCAUUUAUCCAGUGCAGCCCAGUUCCAAAGCUCGACGUCGUACAGAAUCCGUGCCAACCCUCGCCCUGCGGACCAAACUCACAGUGUCGCGUUGUUAAUCAGCAAGCAAUCUGCUCCUGCAUCACGUCCUUCAUUGGAAGUCCGCCAUUCUGCCGACCUGAAUGCACUACAAACUCGGAGUGCCCCUUGAACCUGGCGUGUCGCAACCAGAAGUGCAGUGAUCCCUGUCCCGGCGUCUGUGGUCGCGGUGCCCAAUGUCAUGUGACAAACCACAGUCCAUUCUGUCGCUGCUUAGAGCGCUACACGGGUAAUCCGUUUGUGAGUUGUCAGCAGAUCAUCGAACCUCCGGUUCCACCACCACGGCAAACAUGCCUGCCAUCACCCUGCGGACCGUAUUCCCAAUGUCGUGAAGUUAACGAAUCACCUUCUUGCACUUGCCUGCCAGAGUACAUUGGAGCUCCACCUAACUGUCGGCCGGAGUGCGUGACUAGCUCGGAGUGUCCCACGAAUCAGGCGUGCAUUCAGCAGAAGUGUCGCGAUCCUUGCCCAGGACUAUGUGGACAAUCUGCGGAAUGCCGAGUCCUUUCGCAUACGCCAAGCUGCGUUUGCCCCGAAGGCAUGGAAGGUGAUCCGUUCACUUUAUGUAAGGAAAAGAGGAUUCAGGAACUAGACCAGCUAGACCCCUGCAGUCCCAGUCCUUGUGGAAUCAAUGCCCGUUGUACUUCCCGCCAAGAUGCCGGCUCAUGCCAGUGCCUGCCAGAUUACUUCGGAAAUCCUUACGAGGGAUGUCGCCCUGAGUGCGUUCUUAAUUCGGACUGCCCAUCGAACAAGGCUUGCCAACAGCAAAAGUGUCAGGAUCCCUGUCCAGGAACCUGCGGUCAGAAUGCUCUCUGCAAUGUCCUGAAUCAUAUACCCAGUUGUAGCUGUAUAUCAGGAUAUUCCGGUGAUCCUUACCGCUCGUGUGUCCCAGAACCGGUCAAGGAAUAUGUCAAUCCCUGCCAGCCAUCACCGUGUGGUCCAAAUUCUCAGUGCCGUGAAGUGAAUGAACAAGCCAUAUGCUCGUGUCUUCCGGAAUAUGUAGGAGCUCCGCCUGUGUGUCGCCCUGAGUGUACGAUAUCUUCAGAGUGCCCGGCUGACAAGGCCUGCGUGAACCAGAAAUGUGUUGACCCUUGUCCAAACACUUGUGGAGAUCAAGCGAUCUGUCGAGUGGUGAACCACAGUCCGAUUUGCUCAUGUCGUGCCGGUUACACGGGCGACGCCUUCUUCCGCUGUUUCCCCAAGCCCCCGGUACCACCAACACCAGUACAAAAGACACCGGUUGAUCCUUGUGUUCCCACACCUUGUGGCCCCUACUCCCAGUGCCGAUCCCAGGGAGAUGCCCCAGCCUGUUCCUGUUUGGUCGGCUACAUAGGAGCCCCUCCAAAUUGCCGACCCGAAUGUCGCAUCAACGCUGAAUGUCCUAGCAGCCAAGCGUGUAUUAAUGAGAAAUGUAGAGACCCUUGCCCCGGCUCUUGCGGCUAUGGUGCCAUUUGCAAUGUGAUCAAUCACACGCCUAGCUGCACCUGUCCACCAGGAUACUCGGGUGAUCCAUUUAGUCAGUGUCAGCCCGUGCCACCUCCGCCUCCAACACCCGUUAAGCUUGAUGAUCCAUGCAAUCCCUCACCAUGUGGUCCGAACGCUCAGUGCAAUAAUGGAGUAUGUACUUGCAUUCCCGAAUACCAUGGCGAUCCCUACAGCGGUUGCCGACCCGAGUGCAUCACCAGUGCCGAUUGCUCACGAGAACUAGCCUGUUCGAGAAACAAGUGCUUCGAUCCUUGCCCCGGUACCUGUGCCCCCAAUGCCAUUUGUACUGUCCUUAACCACGUGCCCAUGUGCACCUGUCCGGAGGGAUAUAAUGGCAAUGCAUUCGUGCAGUGUAAACCCACACCACCCCCUGCCCUUGUCCAGCCUUGCCAACCAUCUCCGUGUGGACCCAACUCUCAGUGCCGCGAAGUCAACCAGCAAGCUGUUUGCUCCUGUGUGCCAGGAUACAUCGGAACCCCGCCACUCUGUCGACCGGAGUGCACGUCAAACUCAGAGUGUUUGUCACACCUAGCAUGUGUUAACCAAAAGUGCAAUGAUCCCUGUCCCGGCUCAUGUGGCCGUAAUGCCCAGUGCAGUGUGGUUAACCACAAUCCCUUCUGUACGUGCUUGCCAAGGUUCACUGGCAAUCCUUUCGUGGGUUGUCAGCAGAUUAUUGAGCCACCACGUCAAGAUAUUGUGCCACAGGAUCCGUGCCGACCGUCACCUUGUGGUCCGAACUCUGAAUGUCGCGCCGCUGGUGAGACAGCAACAUGUACAUGCCUUGGUGAUUUUGUCGGCUCCCCGCCAUAUUGCAAACCCGAAUGCGUGGCCAAUUCAGAGUGUCCCUCGAACCUGGCGUGUAUCAAUCAAAAGUGUCGCGAUCCCUGUCCUGGAUUGUGCGGUUCAAGUGCUACUUGCCGCGUCGUCUCUCACACAGCAAUGUGCAUUUGUGAUGCUGGUUUGACCGGAGAUCCAUUUACACAAUGUCAACCCAUUGUACAGGAUGUUGAGAUCAUUAAUCCUUGCCAGCCGUCACCUUGCGGAGCCAAUGCCGAGUGCAUACAACGGAAUGGAGCCGGAGCCUGCCAGUGUCUCACAGACUAUUUCGGAAAUCCCUACGAAGGCUGUCGACCGGAGUGUGUUUUGAACUCGGACUGCCCAUCGAACCGAGCUUGUCAGCAGCAGAAGUGCCGUGAUCCUUGUCCUGGAAGCUGUGGACAGAAUGCCGAGUGUAAUGUGGUGAACCAUACACCCAUGUGUAACUGCUUCGCUGGAUUCAUCGGCGAUCCGUAUCGCUAUUGUAGCCAACCGCCAGAACCUAUUGUCCAUGAGUAUGUGAACCCCUGUCAACCGUCCCCCUGUGGCCCGAACUCAAAUUGUCGCGAGGUUAAUGAACAGGCAGUAUGCUCCUGCCGUUCCGAAUUUGAGGGAGCCCCACCCAACUGCCGGCCACAAUGCACCUCGAGCUCUGAGUGCGCCUCCAACAGGGCGUGCAUCAAUCAAAAAUGCGUUGACCCUUGUCCCGGUGUUUGUGGCCAGCAGGCAAUCUGCGAGGUGCGCAACCACAGUCCAAUUUGUAGGUGUCCCACCGCCAUGAUAGGCGAUCCCUUCGUGCGCUGCAUACCCCGACCAACAAUUGCACCGCCACCCUUGAGGGAUGUAGCUCCCUAUCGGGAUCCCUGCCUCCCCUCACCAUGUGGUCUGUAUGCGUCGUGCAGGAAUCAACAGAACCAAGCGGUUUGCUCUUGCUUGCCCAACUAUUUUGGUACUCCGCCCCAUUGUCGUCCCGAGUGCUCCAUUAAUGCAGAGUGCCCAAGCCACUUGGCCUGCAUUGGUGAACGCUGUCGAGAUCCCUGUCCUGGUGCUUGUGGUCAACAGACCGAGUGCCGUGUGAUCAGUCACGUUCCCAGUUGCGUUUGCCUACGCGGCUAUGUGGGCGAUGCAUUCCUGGCCUGCCACCCGGCACCACCCCCACCAUCCCGUGAAGAGCCCCGCGAUCCAUGCAACCCCAGUCCAUGCGGCAGCAAUGCUAUCUGUUCUAAUCAGGGCGAAUGUAAAUGUGUGGCCGACUAUCAGGGAGAUCCCUAUGUGGCGUGCAGACCCGAGUGUGUUCUUAGUUCAGAGUGUCCCCGAAAUCUGGCCUGUAUACAACAGAAGUGCACUGAUCCUUGUCCCGGAACGUGUGGUACCAAUGCUAUCUGCGAUGUGGUCAACCACAUUGCCAUGUGCCAUUGUCCGGAUCGAAUGACCGGAAAUGCUUUUGUCCAAUGUACUCCAGUGCAGCUUGAUGUAUACCGUAACCCUUGCAAUCCCUCGCCAUGCGGCUCCUAUGCUGAAUGUCGGGAGCAGAACGGUCAAGCGGUGUGCAGUUGUCUUCCCAACUACUUUGGGGUACCACCCUCGUGUCGACCCGAGUGUAGCACCAACUACGAUUGUUCCCCAAGCUUGGCGUGUCAGAAUCAGCGCUGCGUCGAUCCUUGUCCUGGAGCUUGUGGCGCCUACGCCGAGUGCCGAACAGUCAACCACAGUCCUUUCUGUAGUUGCAGACCCGGCUAUACGGGAAAUCCCAUUGUCCAAUGUCAUAUGAUUAUUGAGCCCCAGCGGGAUAUCACACCCAAAGAUCCUUGCCAACCCUCACCCUGUGGUCCAAACAGCGAAUGUCGACGCGUAGGAGAAACACCCUCCUGCUCCUGCCUGUCCAAUUUCUUUGGCACUCCGCCCAACUGUCGACCUGAAUGUGUCUCCAAUUCCGAGUGCAGUCAGGUGCAUGUCUGCUCAAAUAAUCGCUGCAAGGAUCCGUGCCCGGGUCUCUGCGGAACUGAUGCCGUCUGCCGCGUGAUAAGUCACAGCGCUAUGUGCUACUGCCAGCCGGGUUACAGCGGCGAUCCCUUCGUCCGUUGUGCACCACACAUUCAAAGGGAAUCGAUUGAGAUAGUGCAGCCCUGCAACCCCAAUCCCUGCGGCGCCUUUGCCGAGUGUCGUCAGCAGAAUGGAGUCGGAUCGUGUCAGUGUCUACCAGAGUAUUUCGGCAAUCCUUAUGAAGGAUGUCGUCCUGAAUGUGUACUUGACUCUGAUUGCCCCUCUCAGCUGGCCUGUGUCAAUCAAAAAUGCCGUGAUCCCUGUCCCGGAAGCUGCGGCCAAAAUGCCGAAUGCUUUGUGCGCAAUCACCUGCCCACUUGUAACUGCCUCAGUGGCUAUGUGGGUGACCCAUAUCGGUAUUGUAGCAUCGAACCGAAACCCAUUCGGGAAUAUGUCAACCCCUGUCAACCCUCUCCUUGUGGUCCUAACUCUCAGUGCCGCGAACAGAAUGGUGUGGCCACCUGCUCUUGCUUGCCAGAAUUCGUUGGCACUCCGCCGGGUUGUCGACCGGAAUGUACAGUAUCCUCUGAGUGCAAUCUUGACAAGGCCUGCGUCCGUCACAAGUGCCUGGAUCCUUGUCCUGGUGCUUGCGGCAGCUCCGCCAAUUGCCAGGUGGUGAACCACGCUCCACUCUGCUCUUGUCAAGCGGGUUACACAGGAGACCCAUUUACUCGAUGUUACCCAAUUCCUUCUCCACCUACGCAUAUUGUCCAUGAUUACGCACGCCAUCCAUGCCAACCAUCUCCCUGCGGAGCUAAUGCUCAAUGUAGACAAUCCCAAGGUCAAGCCAUCUGCUCCUGUAUACCCAACUACUUUGGUGUUCCACCCAAUUGUCGACCCGAGUGCACUCAAAGCUCAGAGUGCCUGUCCAGUCUGGCCUGCAUCAAUCAACGAUGCGCGGAUCCCUGUCCUGGCUCCUGUGCCUACAACGCCAUAUGCCAUGUCCGUAAUCACGUGCCCAGUUGUCAGUGCCCAGUGGGCUAUGUGGGUGAUCCGUUCACCAACUGUCACCCUGAACCUCAGCCACCACCCAAACCCGUUGCUCUCGAUGAUCCCUGCAAUCCUUCCCCAUGUGGGGCCAAUGCAGUGUGCCAAAAUGGUCAAUGUUCGUGUAUACCCGAGUACCAAGGAGAUCCUUAUACCGGCUGUCGGCCGGAAUGUGUGUUAAAUGCGGAUUGUCCGCGAAAUCGUGCUUGUGUUAGACAUAAGUGUGUGGAUCCGUGUCCGGGAACGUGUGCACCGAAUGCCAUCUGCGAUGUGAUUAACCACAUUGCCAUGUGCCGUUGCCCAGAGCGUAUGACAGGCAAUGCCUUCAUCCAAUGUGAAACACCGCCAGUGUCGCUGGCACCGCCAGAUCCGUGUUACCCAUCGCCCUGCGGUCCGAACAGUCGCUGUCGUGUGUUCAACAACAACGCUGUGUGUUCCUGUAUUGAGGAUUUCAUUGGAACCCCACCAAAUUGCCGACCGGAGUGUACGCAUAACUCAGAUUGCCUGCCUAGACUGGCGUGCCAGAGGCAGCAUUGUAUAGACCCGUGCCCAGGAACUUGUGGCUUUAAUGCCCUUUGCCACGUUGUGAACCAUGCACCAAUUUGCAGUUGUCCACCGAAGCAUAAUGGAAACCCCUUCUUGGGAUGCUUCCCGGAACCCGUGCGACGCGAUGAGGUGAUUCCAAAGAAUCCGUGCCAGCCCUCGCCAUGUGGUCCAUAUGCUAAGUGCACAUCCGUGGGCGAUCAGGCGCAGUGCAGUUGUCUGCCUGAGUACAUUGGAACUCCGCCCAACUGUCGCCCAGAGUGUAUCACCAAUUCGGAAUGCUCCUUCGACAAAGCCUGUUUAAACCAAAGAUGUCGCGAUCCCUGCUCGGGAACUUGUGGUUCCAACGCCAAUUGCCAUGUAAUUAGUCAUACUGCCAUGUGCUACUGUCUACCAGGUUUUACUGGUGACCCAUUCACUUCCUGUGUCCAAGUACCAGUGAUUCAGCAGGCUGAGAUCGUUCAACCAUGCUCUCCUAAUCCUUGUGGAGCCAAUGCUGUAUGUCGCCAGGAGGGCCAUGUUGGUUCUUGCCAAUGUCUUCCCGAAUACUACGGAAACCCAUACGAGACAUGUCGGCCGGAGUGUGUAACGAAUAACGACUGUCCUUCCAAUAAGGCUUGUCAACAGCAGAAGUGUCGUGAUCCUUGUCCAGGAGUCUGUGCCCUCAAUGCUUUGUGCCGCGUGAUCAAUCACUUACCAACUUGUCAUUGUCAGAAUGGCUUUGUUGGUGACCCAUAUCGCUAUUGCCAAAUUCCCGAGAAACCUGUCCUUAAAGAAUAUAUCAACCCCUGCCAGCCCUCCCCGUGUGGCCCCAACUCGCAGUGCCGUGAAAACAACGAACAGGCCAUCUGCUCAUGUUUGCCCGAGUACGUCGGUGCUCCACCUAAUUGUCGACCUGAGUGCGUGACCAGUGCAGAGUGUCCUCAUGACAAGGCGUGCAUUAGGCAAAAGUGUAAUGAUCCCUGCCCCGGUGUAUGUGGCUCAAAUGCCGAUUGCCGUGUUAUCCAGCAUGCUCCUAUUUGUAGUUGUCGUGCAGGAUUCACAGGCGAUGCCUUUUCACGCUGCUUGCCCCUGCCACCCUCGAGACCACCGCAGUUGGAUGUAUACCGCAAUCCUUGUGUACCUUCGCCUUGUGGCCAGUAUGCAGAGUGUCGGGAUAACCAGGGCACUGCCACGUGCAGUUGUCUGCCCUCAUAUUUUGGCACCCCGCCCAACUGUCGCCCCGAGUGUACGAUAAAUCCCGACUGCCCCUCUCACUUGUCCUGCCAACAACAGCGUUGUCGCGAUCCUUGUCCUGGAGCCUGUGGAUUCAAUGCGCUGUGCACAGUUAUUAAUCACAAUCCGACGUGUCAGUGUGCUCCAGGAUUUAUUGGCAAUGCCUUUACUUCCUGCCAUGUUCCACCUCCAAUUGUUCGGGACCCCCCGCAAAUAAGUGAUCCAUGUGAUCUGAUCACUUGUGGCCCCAAUGCUGUUUGCAAUCAGGGACAAUGUAAUUGUCUGCCUGAAUUUGUGGGCAACCCAUUAGUUGGAUGCCGCCCGGAAUGUGUGUUGAGCACAGAAUGCGACUGGAGCAAGGCGUGCGUGAGAAACAAGUGCAUCGAUCCAUGUCCAGGAACUUGCGGAUCCAAUGCCAUAUGUGAGGUGCACAGGCAUAUAGCCAUGUGUCAUUGUCCACCGGAAAUGACUGGAAAUGCAUUUAGCCAAUGCAGACCCUUGCCACCAGCUCCGGUACGCGAUGUUAUAGACCCUUGUCAGCCUUCGCCAUGCGGACCAAAUGCCCAGUGUCGCAAUAUCAACGGACAAGCAGUGUGCUCAUGUCUUCGGGACUUCAUCGGAGUUCCACCUUCAUGUCGGCCAGAGUGCGUUAGUAAUGCCGAGUGCCCACUUCAUCUGGCUUGCCUCCAACGACAUUGCCGAGAUCCUUGCCCCGGAGUCUGUGGCCUGAAUGCCGAAUGCCGGGUCAUAAACCACAGCCCGAACUGCCAUUGCAUUGGUUCCUUCACGGGAAAUCCAUUCGCGGCUUGUCACCGGCCACCGCCGCCACCAAUUAAGCAUGAGCCCAUUGAUCCUUGUCAGCCAUCGCCAUGUGGAGCUAAUGCGGAAUGCCGUGUCCAGGGAAGCAAUGCUCAAUGCAGUUGUCUAAGUGGCUUCAUCGGAACACCACCCAACUGCCGACCCGAAUGCGUAUCCAACUCGGAUUGUCCCAUGAAUCUGGCUUGCCUCAAUCAGAAGUGCCGAGAUCCCUGUCCAGGUGUCUGUGGCUCCAAUGCGGAAUGUUAUGUGAUAAACCAUACACCCAUGUGCACAUGCCUUGCUGGACAAACCGGCAAUCCUUUCGUAAGCUGUCAAGUGGUGCGAGAUGUUCCCGAGCCACAAACUCCUUGUGUGCCCAGUCCAUGCGGAGCCAAUGCACUCUGUUCUGAGGGAAAUGGAGCCGGAGCCUGUAAAUGCCUUCCGGAAUUCUAUGGCAAUCCCUAUGAAGGCUGCCGACCGGAGUGCGUUCUCAAUUCGGACUGCCCCAGCCACUUGGCUUGUCUCAACCAGCAUUGCCGCGAUCCCUGUCCCGGAACAUGUGGUAUCAACGCCGAAUGUCAAGUGCGCGACCACUUGCCCCAAUGCAACUGCCAUGUGGGAUAUCAGGGAAAUCCCUACGUUUACUGUAGUGUUCUGCGUGAUCCCCUGCCUGAACCAGUUCCCUCCCGCCCUUGUCAGCCGUCACCUUGUGGUCCAAACUCUCAGUGUCGGGAAUCGAACAACCAAGCAAUUUGCAAGUGUCUGCCCAACUUUAUUGGAUCCCCACCUGCGUGUAGACCCGAGUGCACCAUCUCCAGUGAAUGUGAUUUGACCCUGGCUUGUGUUCAACAACACUGUGUCGAUCCCUGUCCCGGUGUCUGCGGCAAUAGUGCCCAGUGUCGGGUCAUAAAUCACAGUCCUCACUGUAGUUGCUUGCCUGGUUUCACUGGUGAUGCCAUUAGUGGCUGCCAACGGAUUCCACCCGCAAUUACCCACGAUGCCCCCAAUGAGACCCCUCGCGAUCCCUGUGUCCCCUCCCCCUGCGGAGCCUUUGGACAGUGCCGUGCUCAAGGAAACCAGGCUAUAUGCUCAUGCCUUCCUGGCUACUACGGAGCACCUCCAAAUUGCAGGCCGGAGUGCGCAAUAAACCCGGACUGCGCCUCCCAUUUGGCGUGUAUCAGUGAAAAGUGUCGCGAUCCAUGUCCCGGUUCUUGUGGCCUGCAGGCCCAAUGCAGUGUCAUAAACCACACACCGAUCUGUAGUUGUCCAUCAGGUUAUGAGGGCAAUCCCUUCGUCAGGUGUCAACGAACCCCUCCAACGCCGACACCGCCCCUCCACGAUGCCUGUAAUCCCUCACCUUGUGGCUCCAACGCUAUCUGCAGCCCCGGAGGACAGUGCUCAUGUCUGCCCGACUUUGAUGGCAACCCCUACGUGGGCUGCCGCCCUGAGUGCGUCCUCAACACGGACUGUGCCAGAGACAAAGCCUGCCAGCGCAGCAAGUGCACCGAUCCUUGUCCCGGAGCAUGUGGUAUUGGAGCAGUUUGCGAAGUUCGCAAUCACAUUCCCACGUGUAAUUGCCCACCCGGAACUUCGGGCAAUGCUUUCGUUCAAUGUACCCUUGUACAAUCUUCACCCGUGGUGCCCUUAAACCCUUGUCAACCAUCCCCGUGCGGAAACAAUGCCCAAUGCCGAGAGGUUAACGAUCAGGCAGUUUGCUCUUGUCUACCAGGCUUCUUUGGUGUUCCACCAAAGUGUCGUCCUGAGUGCACCAUUAACUCAGACUGUGCCCCACAUCUGGCAUGUUUGAACCAACAGUGCCGGGAUCCUUGCCCUGGAGCAUGCGGCCAGUUCGCUCAAUGCCAGGUCAUCCGACAUGUGCCGCACUGUAGUUGUCCCGCAGGCUUCUCAGGCAAUGCUUUCUUCCUGUGCCAGCGCUUACCGCCACCACCACCAGUCCAACGGGAACCGAUCAACCCAUGCUACCCAUCGCCAUGCGGACCCAAUGCAGAAUGCACAAAUCAGAAUGAACAGGCCAUAUGCAAGUGCCUGAAGGACUACAUAGGAACACCACCCAACUGUCGACCGGAGUGCAUAACGUCAUCAGAGUGUCCGAUUCAGCUGGCUUGUAUUGGUCAAAAAUGCAAGGAUCCUUGUUCUGGACUUUGUGGAAUUGCUGCCACCUGUCAAGUUGUCAGCCACGUGCCUUCGUGUAUUUGCAUUGCGGACUAUAUUGGAGACCCUUACACUGGAUGCUAUGCGCGGCCGCCCAUUCAGCGAGAGCAAAUCAAUCCAUGCUACCAGAACCCGUGCGGAAGCAAUGCGGUCUGCAGAGAGCGUGGAGAGGCUGCUUCGUGCCAGUGUCUACCGGAAUAUUACGGUAACCCGUAUGAAGGAUGUCGACCCGAAUGUGUGCUUAACUCGGACUGCUCCAGCCAUUUGGCUUGCCUCAAUCAACACUGUCGAGAUCCCUGUCCAGGAAGUUGUGCCCCUAAUGCCCAAUGUCAAGUAGUCAAUCACGUGCCCAGCUGUAGUUGUUAUCCUGGAUAUAGUGGCGAUCCCUAUCGCCAUUGCCAUGUGGCUCAGGCAGAACCCGUCCAAGUUGUGCACUUUAAUCCCUGUCAACCCUCGCCAUGUGGUCCCAACUCACAGUGCACAGAGUCUCAGGGUCAAGCAGUGUGUCGCUGUCUACCCGACUACUAUGGUUCCCCACCUGCUUGUCGACCCGAGUGCACCACUAAUCCCGAAUGUCCCAAUGAUAAAGCCUGCGUGAGCAGAAGAUGCACCGAUCCUUGCGCGGGUGCUUGUGGUCAGAACGCUAUUUGUCGAGCGCAUCAGCACAGAGCUUAUUGCUCAUGUCAUCCUGGUUAUACAGGUGAUGCCUUCAUGCGUUGCCAGUCCUUGCCUUCGCCCCAACCGAUUAGGGACUCACCAGUAAUCUAUAGAGAUCCCUGUGUACCCUCGCCGUGUGGACAGUUUGCUCAGUGUCGCGUGGAGUACGAACAAGCGGUAUGCUCUUGUCUUACCUCCUACUACGGUACUCCACCAUACUGCCGACCCGAGUGCACUCAGAAUUCAGAUUGCCCCAGCCAUCGGGCAUGCGUCAAUCAAAGGUGCGUGGAUCCCUGCCCCGGGGCUUGUGGUCUCAACGCUCGCUGCGAUGUGCUCAAUCACGUGCCUAGCUGUUCAUGUCCCGAGGGUUAUUUAGGAGAUCCCUUCUACCGCUGUUACCCUGCUCCCGCGCCUCCUCCAACACCAGUUACCGUCGUAGCCGAUGACCCUUGUCAGCCCUCACCAUGCGGUCCCAAUGCACAGUGUUCGAACGGCGUCUGUAGUUGUCUGCCCCUGUACCAGGGUGAUCCCUAUGUGGGCUGUCGCCCAGAGUGCGUACUAAGUACUGAGUGUCCGUGGGACAAGGCCUGCAUCCGUAAUCGUUGCUUGGACCCGUGUCCCGGAACGUGCGGAUCAGGAGCCACAUGUCAGGUACACAAUCAUGUAGCCAUGUGUCAGUGUCCGGUUGGCUAUCAGGGCAAUCCUUUUGUCCUGUGCCAGCAGACACCUCUUCAAGCACCCGUGGAGCUCCAUCCCUGCCAGCCAUCACCUUGUGGACACCAUGGAGAGUGUCGGGAAGUUGGUUCGCAGGCCAUUUGCACUUGCCGUCUCGGUUAUUAUGGCAGCCCACCGGCUUGUCGACCCGAAUGUGUCAGCGAUCCGGAGUGUCCACCCAGUUUGGCCUGUGUAAAUCAGAAAUGCCGCGAUCCCUGCCCCGGUGCUUGUGGUCACCUAGCUCAAUGUCAUGUAAUUAACCACAGUCCACAGUGUGUGUGCCCUGCUGGAUACACUGGUAGUCCUUACUCCGAGUGCCACUUAAUUAGGGCAGAUUCCUCACCAAUUCAGCGUCAACCAAUUGAUCCCUGUUUGCCAUCUCCCUGUGGUCCUCAUGCUCAAUGCAGCAAUGAGGGAGGCAACGCAGUUUGCCGAUGCCUAACGGAAUACCUGGGAGUACCGCCAUACUGUCGACCCGAAUGCAUUGCCAAUAGCGAGUGUCCCAGUGACAGGGCGUGUAUUAAUCGGAAGUGCCAGGAUCCAUGUCCCGGCCUGUGCGGGUACAAUGCCAUUUGUCGAACCUACAAUCACCAACCAAACUGCGUUUGUGCUCCUGGUUUGGUGGGUAAUCCCUUUAACUCCUGCCUGCCCCCAACGCGUCCUGAGAUUCCAGCAACACCUCCCACAACUGCCAUACAAGUGCUGCAGUAUGAGGAACCAUUCAUCAAUGGUUGUGAACCAAAUCCUUGUGGGGCAAACGCGCAAUGCAAUCAGCGAAGGGGAGUGGUCUCCUGCGUCUGUCUGCCAGACUAUUUUGGCAACCCCUACGAAGCGUGCCGACCCGAGUGUAUUCUGAACUCUGAUUGUCCCUUAAGUAGAGCUUGUGUACAACAGAAAUGUCGCGAUCCAUGUCCCGGAACUUGUGGCCUGAAUGCCGAGUGUCAUGUCAUGGAUCAUUUGCCACAGUGCAGAUGUUUCAGUGGGUAUACUGGAAAUCCCUUGGCGUACUGCUCGCCUGUUCCAAUAAUCCAAGAAUCUCCCCUGACCCCCUGUGAUCCCUCACCUUGUGGACCCAAUGCCCAGUGUCAUCCGUCCCUCAAUGAGGCCGUGUGCUCCUGUUUACCCGAAUUCUAUGGAACCCCACCCAAUUGUCGACCCGAGUGUACUCUAAACUCGGAGUGUGCUUAUGAUAAGGCUUGCGUCCAUCACAAGUGCGUUGAUCCUUGUCCUGGAAUUUGUGGUAUUAAUGCGGAUUGUCGCGUGCAUUACCAUAGUCCCAUAUGUUAUUGCAUUUCUUCGCAUACGGGUGAUCCAUUCACACGAUGCUACGAAACCCCAAAACCUGUGCGACCGCAAAUAUACGACACGCCCUCUCCCCCAUAUCCGGUCGCUAUACCCGAUCUAGUGUACGUGCAACAACAACAACCGGGAAUAGUAAAUAUUCCCUCUGCCCCUCAACCGAUAUAUCCUACGCCCCAGUCACCACAAUACAAUGUAAACUAUCCAUCUCCGCAACCGGCGAAUCCCCAAAAACCGGGAGUUGUGAAUAUACCAUCUGUGCCACAGCCAGUUUAUCCAUCACCGCAACCACCUGUUUACGAUGUCAACUACCCAACAACGCCAGUUUCCCAACAUCCCGGGGUCGUGAACAUUCCUUCGGCACCUCGACUGGUGCCUCCGACAUCUCAGAGACCUGUGUUUAUAACAUCGCCAGGGAACCUAUCACCCACACCUCAACCUGGAGUUAUUAAUAUUCCUUCAGUUUCACAACCUGGAUAUCCAACGCCGCAAAGCCCCAUUUAUGAUGCAAACUAUCCUACUACACAAAGUCCUAUUCCCCAACAACCUGGCGUAGUUAAUAUUCCAUCGGUGCCAAGUCCAUCUUAUCCGGCUCCAAAUCCGCCGGUGAACUAUCCAACGCAACCAUCACCUCAGAUACCAGUUCAACCGGGAGUUAUCAAUAUACCGUCUGCGCCGCUUCCAACAACGCCACCACAACAUCCUCCCGUUUUUAUUCCGUCCCCUGAGAGCCCGUCACCAGCUCCAAAGCCUGGAGUAAUUAAUAUUCCAUCCGUAACGCACCCAGAAUACCCAACAUCGCAGGUUCCCGUUUAUGACGUCAAUUAUUCAACAACACCGUCUCCUAUUCCUCAAAAGCCUGGAGUAGUAAACAUUCCUUCAGCACCGCAGCCAGUGCACCCUGCACCCAAUCCACCAGUCCACGAAUUUAAUUAUCCAACGCCGCCUGCAGUUCCUCAACAACCAGGCGUUCUUAACAUACCAUCGUACCCAACGCCAGUGGCACCGACUCCUCAAUCUCCUAUAUAUAUACCAUCCCAGGAGCAACCGAAACCAACCACAAGGCCAUCAGUUAUAAAUGUGCCUUCAGUUCCACAACCUGCAUAUCCUACACCACAGGCACCUGUUUACGACGUUAAUUAUCCAACAUCUCCAUCUGUAAUACCACACCAACCUGGAGUAGUUAACAUUCCAUCAGUGCCACUUCCAGCACCUCCAGUUAAACAGCGUCCUGUGUUUGUACCAUCACCAGUACAUCCUACUCCCGCUCCUCAACCAGGUGUUGUUAAUAUACCUUCAGUGGCACAGCCCGUGCAUCCCACGUAUCAACCACCGGUUGUGGAACGGCCUGCUAUAUAUGACGUGUACUACCCGCCGCCGCCAUCUAGACCGGGUGUGAUCAAUAUUCCUUCGCCACCAAGGCCUGUAUACCCAGUGCCACAGCAACCGAUCUACGUUCCGGCACCAGUUCUACAUAUACCAGCUCCAAGACCAGUCAUUCAUAACAUUCCUUCAGUGCCUCAACCAACAUAUCCACAUCGUAAUCCUCCGAUUCAGGAUGUUACUUACCCAGCUCCACAACCAAGUCCUCCUGUACCAGGAAUAGUAAAUAUUCCAUCACUGCCUCAACCCGUGUCAACACCCACUUCUGGAGUGAUAAAUAUUCCCUCGCAAGCAUCUCCACCGAUCUCAGUACCAACUCCAGGAAUUGUAAACAUUCCAUCAAUACCGCAACCAACGCCACAGCGUCCUUCACCAGGAAUUAUUAAUGUUCCUUCAGUGCCUCAACCUAUACCAACUGCUCCUUCACCUGGAAUUAUUAAUAUUCCUUCUGUACCUCAACCGUUGCCAUCGCCAACUCCUGGUGUGAUCAAUAUUCCGCAACAACCCACGCCACCACCUUUGGUUCAGCAGCCCGGAAUUAUAAACAUUCCGUCGGUACAACAACCAUCAACUCCAACCACUCAGCAUCCUAUACAGGAUGUUCAAUAUGAAACCCAGAGACCACAGCCUACCCCUGGAGUUAUCAACAUUCCAUCUGUGUCACAACCUACGUAUCCAACUCAAAAGCCAUCUUACCAGGAUACCAGUUACCCAACAGUACAGCCUAAGCCUCCGGUAUCUGGAAUUAUAAAUAUUCCCUCGGUGCCCCAGCCUGUGCCAUCAUUGACUCCUGGGGUGAUUAAUUUGCCUUCAGAGCCAUCCUACUCGGCACCAAUUCCAAAGCCUGGAAUCAUCAACGUUCCCUCGAUACCGGAACCUAUACCAUCAAUACCGCAAAAUCCCGUACAAGAGGUUUAUCACGAUACUCAGAAGCCACAAGCAAUUCCCGGUGUGGUAAAUGUUCCAUCUGCUCCACAGCCAACUCCAGGUCGCCCCUAUUAUGAUGUGGCCAAACCAGAUUUCGAGUUCAACCCGUGCUAUCCAUCGCCUUGUGGUCCCUACUCUCAUUGUCACAAUCGAUUUGGAGUAGCUGCCUGUGUUUGCCUACCCAAUUACAGAGGAACUCCACCGAAUUGCCGACCAGAAUGCGUUAUUAAUUCGGACUGUCCAUCAUCUUUGGCCUGCAUUAACGAAAAGUGCCGAGAUCCUUGUCCAGGAUCUUGUGCUUACAAUGCCGUGUGCCGUGUGCAUGAGCAUGUGCCUAAUUGUUACUGCCAGACUGGCUACACCGGAAAUCCAUUUAUUUCCUGUCAACGUACACCUAUAGCUCCUGUUCAACGUGAGCCGAUUGAGGCGAAGGAUCCAUGUUAUCCAUCGAUUUGCGGACCAAACGCUGUGUGCAAUAAUGGAAAGUGCAGCUGCAUACCUGAAUAUCGAGGAGAUCCCUAUGUUGGGUGUAGGCCAGAAUGUGUUCUCAAUACAGACUGUGCUAGGGAUAAGGCUUGCAUUCAACAAAAAUGCAAGAAUCCGUGUCCAGGCACUUGUGGACUACAGGCCUUGUGUCAUGUGUACAACCAUGUGGCCACCUGCUCUUGUCCGGAAGGAAUGCAGGGCGAUGCCUUUGUGAGAUGUGAUCCAAAACCCAAGCCUCAACCGCCUGCACCAGCACCACCCACAACAUUGCCGGCCAUCGUACCGCAACGUGCUCCGAUUAAUCCCUGCCAGCCGACUCCCUGUGGACCCAAUUCCCAGUGCAGAGCUUAUCAUGAGCAGGCGAUUUGCUACUGCCUGCCGAAUUUCAUUGGCACGCCACCAGGCUGUCGUCCGGAGUGUACCUCCAACUCGGACUGUCCCCUCGACAAAUACUGUCUGAAUCUCAGGUGUCGCGAUCCUUGUCCCGGAGCAUGUGGCAUUCGUGCCAUUUGUCAUGUCCAGAACCACGGUCCCUUGUGUGUGUGCCCACCCCAUUUGACGGGUAAUCCCCUACUGGCCUGUCAACCCAUAGUUAUUCCCCCUGUAGAGCGUGACGAAGUGAAUCCCUGCCAGCCCUCGCCUUGUGGCCCGAACUCCGAGUGCCAAGCCACGUCCGGCGGAGCUCGCUGCUCCUGCCUACCCCAGUAUCAUGGCACUCCGCCCUUCUGUCGGCCGGAGUGCGUGAACAGCGCUGACUGUCCGGCGGACAAGGCGUGCCGUAACUACAAGUGCAUUGAUCCCUGCCCCGGCAGCUGUGGUUUCUCAGCUCUCUGUCGUGUGGUGGCCCACAGUCCUGUGUGCUAUUGUCCCGAGGGCUAUGUGGGCAAUGCCUACACCCUUUGCUCUCGACCAGAGCCGAGUCCACCUGCCGUGGUGAUCCUGCCUUGCAAUCCCAGUCCCUGUGGCGUAAACGCAUUCUGUCAGCCGCACAACGACUUGAGCGUUUGCCAAUGCCUGCCGGGUUACUAUGGCAAUCCCUCUGAGAUUUGCCGACCCGAAUGCACCGUCAACUCGGACUGUCCAAGCCACAGGGCUUGUAUGAGCGAAAAGUGUCGCGAUCCUUGUCCCGGAGUUUGUGGUCUUAAUGCCCUCUGUCAGGUCAUUAACCACAGCCCAGUUUGCGAAUGCCACACGGGGCAUGUGGGCAAUCCCUAUCACAGCUGUCGCAUACCACAGCGUGAACCCCCUGCACCGGAAUACGUGAACCCCUGUCAGCCGUCGCCUUGCGGUGCCAAUUCUCAGUGUCGCGAGUCCCAGGGACAGGCUAUCUGCUCCUGUCUGCCGGAGUUUGUGGGCACACCGCCCUCGUGUCGUCCGGAAUGUGUGAUCAGCGCCGAGUGUCCAGCGGAUAGGGCGUGCAUUAACCAGAAGUGCCAGGACCCUUGUCCAGGAGCAUGUGGCUUGAAUGCCCAGUGCCAUGUGCGCAAUCACAGUCCGCUGUGCUCGUGUCAGCCCGGAUUCACCGGAGAUGCUCUGACCCGCUGUCUACCAGUACCGCCUCCACAACCGCCGAAAUCGAAUGAUAUUCGCGAUCCUUGUGUGCCAUCUCCUUGUGGACCUUACUCCCAAUGCCGGGUGGUUAAUGGCGGAGCUAGUUGCAGCUGCCUUCCCAAUUAUGUGGGAGCGGCGCCCAACUGCCGUCCGGAAUGUACCAUCAAUGCGGAGUGUCCCAGUAAUCUGGCCUGCAUCAACGAGAAGUGUCGCGAUCCUUGUCCUGGAGCCUGUGGCUUUGCUGCCCAGUGCAGUGUCAUCAAUCAUACGCCCAGUUGUUCGUGUCCCGCUGGUUACACGGGAGAUCCGUUUACCAGCUGCCGAGUUCUGCCACCACCACCGCCUCCGAAGACUCCUUCCGAUCCCUGCCAGCCUUCGCCCUGCGGAGCCAAUGCUCUGUGCAACAAUGGCCAGUGCUCUUGCCUGCCAGAGUAUCAUGGUGAUCCUUACACUGGAUGCCGUCCCGAAUGCGUUUUGAAUUCUGAUUGUCCCAGGAAUAGAGCGUGUGUCAACCAGAAGUGCGUUGAUCCUUGCCCAGGUCACUGUGGUCUCAAUGCUCUCUGCGAUGCCGUUAACCACAUUGCCAUGUGCCACUGCCCCGAGCGGAUGACGGGCAAUGCGUUCGUUUCCUGCCAGCCAAUUCGCGAUGAUCCACCACCACCAACGACACCCAAUCCAUGCCAGCCCUCGCCGUGCGGUGCAAAUGCCCAGUGCCUAGAGAGGAAUGGCAACGCCAUCUGUUCUUGCCUAGCCGGAUACUUUGGUCAGCCGCCCAAUUGCCGUUUGGAGUGCUACUCCAGCUCUGAUUGCUCCCAAGUGCACAGCUGCAUUAACAACAAGUGUGUGGACCCGUGUCCAGGCAAAUGUGGUCUAAAUGCUGUGUGCCAGGCGAUCCAGCACAGAGCCCAUUGCGAGUGCAUCCCGAGAUACACAGGAAAUGCCUUUGUGCAGUGCAACCCCAUUCCAGUUCCCAGAGUACCAGAACCAGUGCGCGAUCCUUGCCAACCGUCACCCUGUGGUCCCAACUCGCAGUGCACGAAUGUAAAUGGCCAAGCGGAGUGUCGCUGUCUGCAGGAGUUCCAGGGUACCCCGCCAAACUGCCGACCAGAGUGUGUAAGCCACGAUGAGUGUGCCAAUACCCUGGCUUGCAUGAACCAAAAGUGCCGCGAUCCCUGUCCCGGCAGCUGUGGCCAGAGUGCCCAGUGUACGGUCAGCCUACACAUUCCGAACUGUCAAUGCCCUGUGGGCAUGACGGGUGAUCCAUUCCGAAUUUGCCUGCCCAAACCACGUGACGAACCAAAGCCACCACCAACUCCCAAGAAUCCUUGCUACCCUUCGCCCUGCGGAACCAAUGCUGUGUGCCGCGUUCAAGGAGAGAACUACGUCUGCGAGUGCAGCCAACUGGAGUACAUCGGCAAUCCCUACGAGGGUUGUCGCCCCGAAUGUGUGGGCAACUCCGAGUGCCCGGCCAAUCAGGCUUGCAUUCGCAGCAAGUGCCAGGAUCCUUGUCCAGGAGUUUGCGGACUGGAGGCCAUUUGCACCAUGAACAAUCACAUACCGAUCUGCUCUUGCCCGCCUGGCUACACUGGCAACGCGUUUGCCCAGUGUACGCGUCAGGUAACACCACCUCCUCCCUCGGAUCCUUGCUACCCGUCCCCAUGUGGACCCAAUUCGAUAUGCCGAAUUCAGAACGAGAAGGCCGUGUGCGAGUGCCUGCCCGGAUUCUUCGGAAAUCCGCUGGCCCAGGGAUGUCGCCCUGAAUGCACCCUGAGUUCGGACUGCGCCAAGGAUCGGGCAUGCAUCAACUCCAAGUGCGUGGAUGCCUGCGUGGGAGAGUGUGGAUUCGGAGCUGUUUGCCAAACGAUCAACCACAGCCCGGUGUGUAGUUGCCCUGCCAACAUGGUGGGCAAUCCGUUCGUCCAGUGCGAGGAACCACGCCAGGCUGAGCCUAUCGAUCCCUGCCAGCCUUCACCGUGUCGAAGCAACGGAAUAUGUCGCGUUUACAAUGGAGCUGCCACCUGCAGUUAUCCGGAAUGCGUUAUCAACGAGGAUUGUUCCCGCGACAGGGCGUGUGUUAGCCAAAAGUGUCGAGACCCUUGUCUGAAUGCCUGUGGCAUCAAUGCCAUUUGUCGGGCCAUCAACCACAAGGCUGUUUGUAGCUGCCCACCGGAGUUCUACGGAUCUCCGUACGCUCAAUGUCUGAGGCAGCUACCGGAGCCAGAGCCCAAGCCGGAAUGCAUCAGUGACGGUGAUUGCACCAAUGACAAGGCCUGCAUCAACCAAGUUUGCCGCAAUCCAUGCGAGCAAUCGAACAUCUGCGCCCCACAGGCGCGUUGCCAUGUCCAGCUCCACCGGCCAUUGUGCGUCUGCAAUGAGGGAUAUACUGGAAACGCCUUGCAGAACUGCUACCUUCUGGGAUGCCGAUCGGAUGGUGAAUGUGCCGCCAACGAGGCUUGUGUUAACCAGCAGUGCGUAGAUCCAUGUGGUUUCACACAGUGCGGAACGGGAGCCAUUUGUCGGGCUGACUUCAAUCACCGAGCUAGGUGCCAUUGCCUGGACGGAUACCGCGGCAAUCCUCUGGUGCGUUGUGAACGUCCAGAGUGCCGAUCCGAUGAUGAAUGUGCCUUCCACCUCGCCUGCCGCAAUGAACGCUGCGAAGACCCGUGCAACUGUGGCAUCGGAGCCCAGUGCCGCGUGGAGAACCAUCGUGCCCAGUGUCGUUGUCCAGCUGGCUUCAGUGGCAACCCGGCAGUAAGAUGUGACCUUGUGCCAACACAACCGGAGGGCUGCACCAUGGAUGCCGAGUGUCCCAGCAAACUGGCCUGUUUCGGCGGCGAAUGCAAGAACCCGUGCGAUGUCACGCAUCCGUGUGGCGCCAAUGCCAUCUGCGAAGUGGUCGACACACUGCCUCUGCGCACCAUGAUGUGCAGUUGUCUACCUGGCUAUGUGGGUGAAGCCGACAUUGGAUGUCACAAAGAACCCCCUCGUGAUCAGGGCUGUACGUCACAUGAUCAAUGCCAGGAUACGGAAGCCUGUCGUGGCGGAAACUGUGUCAAUCCCUGCCUGGAUGCAUCGCCUUGUGCUCGAAGCGCCCAGUGUUUGGCCCAACAACAUCGCGCCAUUUGCAGCUGUCCCGAGAGGACACAGGGAGAUCCAUUCACCAACUGCUACGAGCCACCUGAAAUCAAGACUGGCUGCACCCACGAUUCGGAAUGCCAGCCGACCACGGCCUGCAUCAAUAAACGCUGCCAGGAUCCUUGUGCCGAGGCCAACCCAUGUGCCGGAAAUGCCGAGUGUCGCGUACAGAACUCCCGACCUAUUUGCUUCUGUCCAGCUGGUUGGGGUGGUGACCCACAAGUUCAAUGCUACAAACCUGAAUGCAAGAUCAACGCCGACUGUCCGUAUGACAAGACCUGUUUGAACGAAAACUGCGUGGAUCCCUGCACUCAUGGCCAAGUGCGUUGUGGCAAUGGGGCCCAGUGCCUGGCUCAGAACCACCAAGCUGUGUGCAUCUGUCCAACCGGAACUCAGGGAAAUCCAUUCAUCUCCUGCAUCACUGGACACUGCCAGUACAACGAGGAUUGUGCGGAUCACGAAGCCUGCGAUCGAUUGAAUCGCGUUUGCCGACCGGUUUGCGAUCAGGAGACCUGUGCCCUAAACGCCAUCUGUGUGGGUCGUCGCCAUCAGCCGCAGUGCGAGUGCCGACCCGGUUACCAGGGCAAUCCGCAUGUGCAGUGCGAUAUACCAGUGAAGACACCCAAGCCCCAGUGUAUCCAGGAUGCGGACUGUCCAUCGAAAUUGGCCUGCAUCAAUGAGCGCUGCGCAGAUCCUUGCGCCACGCCUCAUGUUUGCACUCCACAACAGACUUGUACGGUUUUGGAUACCCUUCCAAAGCGAGCCAUGGCAUGCAAGUGCCCCGGCGAUACAGUGACGGAUAUCUCACGCAACUGCGUGCCCAUCACUGUGCCAAAGGUCAUCUCCGGCUGCCAGCACAAUUCUGAGUGUGCCAAUACCGAGGUCUGUUCAAAUGGAAACUGUCUGGAUGCAUGCCGACUGGAGAGAUGUGGCGUCAAUGCCCAGUGUACAGCUCGGGAUCACUAUGCUCAGUGCAACUGCCCUAAGGGCUUCCAAGGCAAUCCUCGCAUCGAAUGCUACACUACAGAAGUUGAUGUUCCACGAAUCCCCAAUCCUGGCUGCUCCCGCAACGAUGAUUGCCCCAGGGACCAGAUUUGUCGCAACGAGAUUUGCAUCAGUCCGUGUGCCGCGGAUGACUGUGGAAUUGGUGCCUACUGCCAUGUGCAGCAGCGAAAGGCCAUCUGCCGCUGUCCACCUGGUUAUACCGGUAACCCACAAGAGCGCUGCCUGCCACCUUCCGAUGUGAUACUGGUGGGCUGCAAGUCUAGCACCGACUGCCCCUCGAACGAGGCCUGCAUCAACACCCAGUGCGCCAGUCCUUGCAACUGUGGACCCAAUGCCGAAUGCACGGUGAAGAAUCACCAUCCGAUCUGCUACUGCAAGCCUGGAUUCUCCGGAAAUGCCCAGUUUGGAUGUGCACCCAUUGGCUGCCGGUCGGAUGACGAGUGCAGCGGAGACAAGCAGUGUGUGAACCGCGAGUGUAUCAAUCCCUGCCUGGCCAGCGAUCCGUGUGCCCUUAAUGCCGAGUGUUACGGACGUAACCAUCGCGCCAAUUGCCGCUGUCCCGUGGGAUUGGAGGGUGAUCCGUUUGUGCGUUGUUUACGCCUGGAAUGCCACUCGGAUUACGACUGUGCAUCGAACCUGGCUUGCGUGUCAAACGAAUGUGUUAGCCCAUGUGGUCAACGUAAUCCGUGCGCCCAGAAUGCCAUUUGUCAGGCUCUGCAGCAUCGCGCUGUUUGCCGUUGUCCGGAUCAGUUGCCAUUGGGUAAUCCGUACGCUUAUUGCGAACCCAGACCUGUUGAGCCCGUCUGCCGAGAUGAUGGAGAUUGUCCAAGUAAGCUGGCCUGCAUCGACGACAAGUGUCAAGAUCCGUGCUCUGUGCUCUCACCAUGCCAUCCAACUGCUCAGUGCAGUGUCCUAAAUAGCGUUCCAGUACGAACAAUGGUUUGUGAGUGUGCCGAGUACGAGGUGCCCGAUGCCAGUGGAGCUUGCCGUAAGAUGAUGCCGCCUAGGCUUCCUGGCUGCGAGAGCGACCAGGACUGUCCCGACCAAGAGGCCUGCAUACACGCUCAGUGCCGCAAUCCAUGCAACUGUGGAACUAACGCCGUCUGCCAAGUGACGCAACAUCGCGCCGUAUGCAGUUGCCAAGAUGGAUUUGAGGGUAAUCCCUAUGCCUCCUGUCGCUCAAUUGGAUGUCGCGUCGACGGUGAGUGCGAUUCGGGCAAGGCCUGCAUCAAUGGUGACUGCAUCAACCCAUGCCUGAUCAACGAUCCCUGUGGACCCAACGCCGAGUGCUAUGUGCAAUCGAACCGUGCCCAGUGCCGCUGCCUGAGUGGCUAUCGAGGAAAUCCCUACGAGCGUUGUCGUGUCAUUGGCUGCAGCAGCAACAACGACUGUCCCACAGACAAGACCUGCCAGAACGAGCAGUGCGUGAAUCCCUGCGUCUACCACAACCCGUGUGCCCCGCGUGCUGAGUGCAGGGCUCAGAACCAUCUGGCCGUGUGCCGCUGUCCUGUCGAUUUCCUGGGCAAUCCAUACGUGGACUGCCGACCGCCGCCACAGCCCAUCUGCCAGUUGGAUACCGACUGUCCUGGUCGCCAAGCCUGCAUCAACGAACAGUGCGUGGAUCCAUGCGUUGUAUUGGAACCGUGCCAACGGCCUGCCAUCUGCGAGGUGACUCCUACAUCGCCGGUGCGUACGAUGUUAUGUAUUUGUCCGGAUGGUUAUGUUAGUAGAGGAAAAGGAGGCUGCAAGCCUACGCCGGGAAUCAAGGAGGUUGGAGGUUGCAUCUCGGACUCAGAUUGCCCGACAGAUAAGUCCUGCCUGAACAGCGUCUGUAGAGAUCCUUGCAACUGUGGCUUGAAUGCCGAAUGCCGUAUUAAGGACCAUAAACCCGUAUGCACUUGUCGCCAAGGAUUCGAAGGUAACCCUGAGUUUGAGUGCUCCAAGAUCGAGUGCAGUAUCAACUCAGACUGCCCGGGAACACAUGUGUGCCGCAACCAGCUCUGCAUUCCUGCCUGCCAGGGUGAACAGUGUGGAUCCAAUGCCCAGUGCUUGGCUAUCGAGCAUCGUGCGGUAUGCGAGUGCAUCCCAGGACAUGGUGGAAAUGCCAGGAUUGCUUGUACUCCGUUGGGAUGUCGCUCAGACGACGAAUGUCCAACGGACAAGGCGUGCGUCAACGGUAAAUGUAAUGAUCCUUGUACAACAACUGCUUUAUGUGCCCAGGACGAGCUUUGCAAGGUGUAUCAUCACCGACCGCAGUGCGCCUGUCCACCAGGAACCGUGCCCGGAAAGAAUGGCUGCGAAUCGGAGCGACACAUUCCCAUCUGCAUAAGCGAUGCGGACUGUCCCAGCCAGAAAGCCUGUCUGCGCGGAGAGUGUGUGAAUCCGUGCAAUGCCACCCAACCAUGCGGAGUCAAUGCCUUCUGCAGUGUCCGUGAUACCUUGCCCGUAAGGACGAUGAUCUGUGAGUGCCUUGAAGGCUACACUGGCAACCCAGCCGUGCAGUGCGACAAGCGUUCGCUGUGCGUCAUCGAGAAGGGCUUCGUUCGGGAUGUGGAUGGACAAUGUGUUUGCCCACCGGGAACCGCUUUGGAUAUCUACGAAUACUGCACCCCAUGCCGAGAGGAGCAAGGCUUCCGCAUCGACGAGAGUGGUCACUGUGUGUGCGCCUUGGAGCGCGGAAUGGUGAUCGACGAGCGCGGCCGUUGCACUUGCCCCAUUGAUCUGGGCUACCGACUGACUCCACGUGGCGAAUGUCAGCCAGAGGAGCCGCCAGAGUGCACGAGCAAUGAUCAGUGCGCCGACAACCGAUUCUGCAACCUAGACACCAAGACCUGUGAGGAUCCCUGCCUGACCAAGGUGUGCGGAGUGAAUGCCUUCUGUAACGCGGUGAAUCACCGAGCCCAGUGCCAGUGCAUCACCGGUUACACGGGUAAUCCGGAUCUACACUGCAACCACACAAACUUCCGAACCGAUUUCCCACGACCCGAUAUGGUCGUCAGUUGUCUUGCCGAUGGAGUUCAAGUUGAGAUCCACAUCACCGAACCAGGAUUCAAUGGAGUGUUGUACGUUAAGGGACACAGCAAGGACGAGGAGUGCCGUCGGGUGGUUAACCUGGCUGGCGAGACUGUUCCGCGUACCGAGAUCUUCCGUGUCCACUUCGGUAGCUGCGGCAUGCAGGCUGUAAAGGAUGUGGCAAGCUUCGUGCUGGUCAUCCAGAAACAUCCCAAGCUGGUCACCUACAAGGCCCAGGCCUACAACAUUAAGUGUGUCUACCAGACUGGCGAGAAGAAUGUUACCCUAGGAUUCAACGUAUCCAUGCUGACGACUGCCGGAACAAUUGCCAACACAGGACCGCCGCCGAUCUGCCAGAUGCGCAUCAUCACCAACGAAGGCGAAGAGAUCAACUCUGCAGAGAUCGGCGACAAUCUCAAGCUGCAAGUGGAUGUGGAGCCAGCCACCAUUUAUGGAGGUUUCGCCCGCUCUUGUAUUGCCAAAACCAUGGAGGACAAUGUGCAGAACGAGUAUCUGGUCACGGAUGAGAAUGGGUGUGCCACGGAUACCAGUAUCUUUGGAAACUGGGAGUACAAUCCGGACACGAACAGCCUGCUGGCCAGUUUCAAUGCUUUCAAGUUCCCAUCGAGCGAUAACAUCCGCUUCCAGUGCAACAUACGAGUCUGCUUUGGACGCUGUCAACCCGUCAAUUGUGGUGGCUACAACGCCUUCGGGCGGCGUCGCCGCUCCAUAGCGGAUAACUCCACCGAUGCGACCGCCAUUGCCACGAAUUCGGGUGUGGAGGGUCAACUGCGCGAAGAGAUCACAAUCUCAUCAAAUGCCAUUUUGACAUUCGAGAAGCGCAGCGGUCAAGGUCUCAAUGAUGCCAACAUAAAACCGGCGGCUCAAAGGGUUGAGGAUAUCUGCGUAUCUAUGGUGGGGCUGAUUAUAGCACUGGUCAUCACGGCACUGCUGGCUCUUGUGGCCGUUGCCGUGGCAGUUUCCUGCUGGCUAAUGGCCUACAGGAGGAGGCCCAAGACCAUUGCGCCCCUGCCCCAUCCGCCAGAGUUCCCCAAUCCGCUGUUCUCCAAUCCCGACGCAGUGCCCGAGCCAACGCCGGAUUACAUAUCCUAAACGUAACGUAACAAUACACUGAUACACAACACCUAGCUAUAUCUUUAGUAUGUAAGAGAAUCGAAUGAAAAUGAAAAAGAAAAAAUUGUGAAUAUUUGAAAGGCAAGUGCAAAAGGUUAUGAAUUAUGCAAUACAGAUCAAAUCGCGAAAGAUUAUCAAGAUUGAGGAAAAGAAAAACAAAAGUACAGUUGUGAGCUGAAAGUAAAGUCGGCUCCAUUGGCCGUAAAACGAAACUAUGAAAGAUUGAAUUAUUGUAAAAAGCAAAAAAGACGAAGCGAGAAUCGCAUGAUGAAUGCACGAAAGUAAUUUAGUAGCUUAAGAAAAUAAUUUUAUUAAUUGUAAUAACGAUUAGUAUUCUCCUUCCUACUAACAUGAGAAUUCCGCGUAGUGUUUGUACGUUUAGCUGCCCCAUAGAGACCACCAACUGCCAAACAGAUGUGAGGGAAUUCACCCAUAGAGAGUGCAGCUACAAACGAAUUCUCGUCCUCUAACGACAACUUCUUCAUUAGUCGAGUACCAAUAUUAAUUCUGUUAUAUAUGUUUAACUAAAGACUUCCUAUAAAUAUUUAGGGUGUGGGUAGUAGCAACGACACUUUGUAUUAUAGCACAGACACACGCACACAAAACUGCAACUACUUCCUGUAAUUUAGAUACCAACUCAACUCGCCCGUUAAAAUUGAAAACUGCCUUUGAUUUCCAACAAGAAAAACGAACAAUGCACCCCAGAAUACUCUCUAGCAUAAUAUAUGUAAGAGAUCGUUGGGCCCAGGUCUAUAAGAUACUUUUCCGCGUCUAUAAUCCAUAACCACUGGACAAUAUGCCAACGAUUGUCCCAGUUGGAUUGUGGGCAAGCUCAAGAGUCAAAACACACACACACACACACACAAAUCUCGAAGAAAUCAGACCACUCUAAACAGCUUAUAGACGUGGUAACAGUUUCAUCUGGAUCUAGGCACCAAAUCGUUGAGGGAACAUAACUAUAACUGCCACUGAGGCGUCAUCAGCGCACAAAAGAUACUUAUCUAUUGCAUAGGAAAUACUAGGUUUGUUUUAAUUUUAAUCGCAACACCGACUAAUGGAGGAUUUGAUUUUGACCACUGUCCCUCGAUCGCUCGAUCACUUACUUGUACUACACUCUACUAUGAUUAACAAUUAUUUUUGUAGUUUUAUAGUCAAUUAAUAUUAAAUUGUUGUGAUUGUUUUUAAUGCAAAAGAGAUACUUCCACUAACUUACUAAUAUGUAGAGACAAAAGUAUAGAGCGUACUUAAAAAGGCAACGAACCAGCGCCCUUUUCCCUGCCCCUGCACCGUUCCCAUGCCAUUCUCCAUCGGGAACAGCAUGCAACUGUCAACGCGCCGGAAACUAUGCAGCGAAUUUCCGUUUCCGGCGCCCGUUUCACAGUGCAUGUCUUUUCCCGAUGCGAUGAUAGCUGGUGGGAUGGCGGGUUUGCGGAAUCGGGCCUGGAUAAAUAAAUUAUUAAAAAUGAAGUUUUAAAUUAAUAUUAUUAAACGUAAACAAAAUGUAUAGUCACUACUUUAAGAAGAAAGAGAAAUUUUCUUUAUAGUAAAAUACCAUACAAAAUAAACUCGCACUCAGACACGUACACAAAGAGACAGAAUUUGUAAAUAAUACACAGGCAAACUCUAUGGUAUUUUUAAAUAGCGCAUUAUUGUGUAUAGGUUUCUGCACCUCGACUCCCAAAUCCGAACUAAAUCGCAGGCUAACCCUAACCCAUGCCAGGCAUAAAAUUAUUUUCUUAAUUCCAUAGCCAAUAUGCAUAUGCAAGCAAGUGCACAAACUAGCAACCGCCUCGUUCACAAUUACCACACACUUUUAUUUUUCUUCACAAGAACCGCUUCAAAAUCGUACCCUAAAUAGAGUUAUAUUGAACAUAGACAAAACUUUUGCACUGGCAGCAAAUAUAAAUGAGAAAAUAAUAAUGAAUAAGAAUGGCUCUUAUUGUAAAAAGAAAGCAAUAGUUAAAUUGUACUUAUAAAACGUGUAUUUAAUAACGAGAAACGAACAUAAUUGUAAUCGCUUAUUAUAAACUAAUAAAUAAAUAAAUAAAUAAAUAU